CUGGGGCGGCCAACCUGCCAGCCUGAAGAAGCGCGCUCCUCCGGUGCCUCUUUACUCGGAAGGAAGCGCCGCUGCGUCCCCGGGCAGCCCGUUUCCUCGCGAGUAAGUGCGUCCCGCAGGCCGCCGGCGAGCUCCCUUCCCAGCGGCGCGUCGGCGCCUCCCCCGCCCGGCUCCGAGGGCGGCCCUUGCCGGCCUUUCUGGGCGCGACGGGGCGGUCCCGCGGGGAGGGCCCGGCCUCAAUCCGGGACCGUAAAUGGGGGCCAGCGCGGCGGCCGCGGCGUCUUCUCGGGCGCCGGAGAGCAGCUGGCGGCGGGUCCCCCGGAGGCACUUUCUCGCCGGCUCCUUCCGCGCUCGCCAUGGCGCGCUGCUGCUCCGCCUUCCGCGCGGCCGUGGGGCUGGCCGUCGCCGGCCUGCUCUGCCUCGGCUCCGGGGUCUUCCUGGUGGUCUCGUUGCCGGCCAUCCUGGAGGAGCAGGUGGUCAAGGUAGGGGCUCCCGCGGGGCGCGCUCUCGGUCGCGUUGGCCCCCGACGGAAGAGGCGCCUGGUCCCCUCGAGGCCGGGGGCUCCUUGGAGGUGAUUUGUAAAAACGGGACUCGCCAUCUUACUUGCCGCUCAUUUGGGAGGAAGGGGGGGGAGACAACCUCCCCCCAGUCCUAAAAUCAUUCACAUCAAACCAACAAUUUCUCCUUUCCCGUAGUCUGGUGUCGAGGCCAGCUGUUGCAAAUCCGUGCUUGGUGGGUCCAGCAUCCUCCAGGGAUGGUCCAGCGCCUCUCCUCUCCUUCAGGGGGGAGCAGUAGCACAGCAGGAAGAGCAUAGCAAAAGUUUUCCCUGCUUUGAGGUUGACCCAGCUACUCUCCUGCUGCUGGUGGGGAAGGACCGAAGCUCAGUGCUGGACCAUCUCCUUCACAAGCAGAAGGUCCCAGGUAGGGCUGGGAGAAACUCCUGCCUGAAAGAGUUGCUGCCUGCCCGUGAAGACAGCACUAAGCUAUCUACAUACAGCCAUAUGGUCCAAUUCAGUAUAAGGCAGCUUUUUAUUUUUUAUUUUUUUGCUCCUUCUGCCUUCAAAAUAGAGUUCCCAGUUGGCCUGGGAUGGGGCUGCAGAGGGAAGAGAGCCUGACCAGCAUGCACCUGAGGUAGCUUGUUUACCUGUCCUGGGAAGGAUGCUGUUGAUUGUCCCCAUCUUAUACAUCCUGUGCAUUUGAAUGGAAAUUGGGACAGCAUAGUUAAUUAUCCUAAAUGCACGCUAGUGACUAUGCAUGUGUGUUAAGGCUGAUUGCAACACUGAAUCUUUAAAUAUUAAUUUAAAAUGCUCCUAAUGACUGCCUCCUCCCCACAAAGGCUAAAUGGAGUAUGUUUGGUGUUUGUGUCUGUGGGGGAGAUUUCUGUUAGGAUCACAGCUCAGGAGGUGUGGUGAACUCUAUAAGCAAACCAAGCAUAUCUCUUUCUGUCAGGAGCGAGCCAGCAAUAAAUCACAAAGUGAAGUUAACUCUUUAUUAGAAGAAACAAGGUCUGCUCAGGAAUGCCAGGUGUAAUGAGCACAGCAAAUCUGAUAGGUCUUGCCCCAUGAGGCAGUUGUGGAGACUGAAGGUCCCUGCCUUCCCACAGCUACCUAAAUCAUCUCCUUUCCUGGGUCCUUCCCAAGCAAUCCCUCUUCAUACCUCUUCUGGUUCUGAGAGACAAAUGGGAGGAGCGGAGCUGGUCACAGCAGGAGGGGGAGACCCCUUUACUUCUUCACCAGCCUAUCUCAUCUCUGCCUCUUGGUCACACUCCUCUCCUGCUUCAGCUGGACUUCUUUCUCUCUGCCACAGACUCCCCCUGCUCACUAACCCCUGUUGCCUCUUCAGCUUCUAACACCUCCUACUCCCAGUCUGCUCUCUCUUCUCCCUCUGACCACUCAUUGUCAUCCCACCACCAUUCUUUGGCUCUGAGCCUUCUUCUCUUGGACAUUCCCCAGCUGGUGCCUCCCACCAUUCCUCUGCAUCCAGCCAGUCCAUGACACUUAAUCUGAGAGAACUGUUUUAAAAAGAUUGCCCUCAAUAGGGGAAAUUUCCCCCAGAUCCGUCACAGGAGGAAAGGAAUUGAGCUCAUUUCUUCAUGUGCUACAGGCUCAGUGCAAACUGAUUCCCCUUGGCACCUAGUAGUAUUAUUUUUUUAAGCAUGUAGUUAUUCAACUGCAUAUUUUGCAUAACCUCUAGUUCAGCUGUAUUUGCAAUAUAGCCUUUGAAGUGAACUGCUUAUGAAACCUUCCUCUUAAACCCCUUUCUCCAAGAUCUAGGAAGUUCUGGUGCUUAUUUCUGUUUGGGAUGUGUGAUGAGGGCAGGAUUUGGCUCAGCAUUGCCUUCCCUUGCCUGGAGAUGCCAGGGAGAUGCUCUACCACUGAGCUGCGAUGUCCUUGGUAAUGAGGCUGGCUUGUGGGGCCCACUCAACUCUAUACUCAACAGCUCGUCCAAAUAGAAUAGACAGUUCCUUUUCACUCUGGAUAUCUGGCACAUACCUCAUGUAAUUGUUCCUUUAAUUGUGGGGAAAAGGCACACCCUGUAGCAUUGUGGGUCUGCGUGAUUUCUGCUCUGCUCUGUGCAUGCAGCUUGGGCAUCUUGCAUGAAGCAAUAAAUCAUGGAUGCAAAUCAGCAUCAGGCUAGGAACAUCACCUGCCAUUAAAAUUAAUAGGAUAAAAUAAGGUGAUGCAAAUCUGAACAAGUAGAGGGGAUGUGGAAAGGGUUCCUUACCUAGAGCACCGUUCAGCCCAGGUGAAAAAGAGACUAUGUGUGCAUGUGUGUGUCUCUUUAUUCCUUUAGCAGAAAUUGGGUUGAAGCAAAAUGCUGGAAAGAUCUAUAAUGAGCAUCUCAUCUGGUGCAGAAUGUUGCAAACUAAUUGGGUUGUAUGCCAGUUGAAUGUGUGUUCGUAUAUUUGCUUUUUAAAGGCCCCUGCACAAAGCAUAUACUUGCUGACUAUGAUACAAUUGUUGUCCUGUGUAUGAAUGACUAAUAGUGAGUUUGAAUGUCCUGUUUACUAGAUAAUUAUAAUAUUUUUGCUACUUGUAUUGUGCUGUUGAUUAGAGUAUCCAGACUGCCAAAAAUGCCUAUCAUAAGGUGCUUUGCAGGGCUGUUGUAAUUUAUUCCUGUUUGAAAGGUGGGAGUUUGUGUGUGUGUGCAUUUGCGAUUUGGGGCCAAGGCAGAGAGAGGCAAAGCACAGUGCACCAGCUCUCAGGUCACCUUGGGGUCCUCAGCUGGUAAGCAGCAAAUGCUGUGAUAUCAAGUGUGCUGUGAGGGAGGGCGGGCUAGCAUGGGGAUCUGAUGCGGGUCAGAGGGCAAGCUUCCUCCUUUGUGAGCAUCCUCUCACUAAGCUUCUGUUCACGCCUCCCUCAUCUUAAUAUCUGCUCAAAGGAAAUCUACCCACUCUGCAAAAGCGUUCAUGACCCCUCAUUGGCUAAUUCAGGAAGAAGCAGGAAGCAGUAACUCUUAGGAAAAACAUGAUUAUCCAAAACUUUCAGGAUCUUGGCUUUCUGCUGCAGAAUUGGGGUCCUCAUUUGUAGAAAUAGCGCUGAAGAUAGAUUUGAAAAAAUGAGGUCAUGCUUCUGUUCUUUCUACUGCUGCCUCCAUUUUCUGGAAACAGGAAGUGUUCUGUCUCUGGACGUUUUUCAGUUGUUGGUCCAACAAACUUGCACAGCAGAACUGUAAGAAUUAAAUUGCUGUGUCAGGUCACCGAGGCAGAAAACCCACAUACAAGGCACUCCAGGACACUGUUUAGUCUUGUCUGGUGUCAGCUGACAGUUCUUCCUCCUACUCUUGAGAAUUACAAGAGGUUUAAGGGCGGAUGGGGACCAGUUGUUGACCUGAAGGAUACCCUCUGAAGAUGUUAUGUAGUUUCAGUGCGCAAUGACUGUGUGCGACAAAAGAGAAGAAGAGCAUUGGGGAAGUUUCCAUAAAGACACUUGUGUUGUGCAGUGUUGUUUGGGAAGGGGAGAAAUCGUGAAAAAACUUUCUGAGGUCGAUUGAACGCUCCCCUGUCCUCUUGGAACUUUUAUUUUUAUAUAUGUGUGAAGAGUCAAUGCCAAAGUUUGUUUUACCUACCACAGACUCGUCUUCAUUAUAUAUUUGAAGCAUCAUCACACCACACUAAACAGUCAUGGCUUCCUCCAAAAAUCCUGGGACCUGCACUUUUUAAAGGGGCCUGUGAGUGUUAGGAGACUCUAUUCCACCACAGAGCUACAAUUGCCAGAGUUCCCUGGGAAGAGGGAUUGAGUGUUAAACCAACCUGGAGAUUGCAGCUCUGGAAGGGGAAUCGGGAGCAGGGCUGAAACCAGGCUUCCUGUCACCCAGACCCAGUUUGGCACUCCACCCCCCAUGCAUGUUGGUGUAGAUAAACAUGCAUGCAUGCAAACAAGCACACCCCCCCGUUGAAAGAUUUAUUCGUAAAGGACAUAAAAGUAGGCACUAUAUCAUUUGAAUACAAAGGAAUCCUAAGAAGUAUUAUUACUUUAUGAACAAAGGGAAAAUGAGUAUCUCUUCCACUAAAAACAAAUUGUUUGUCAAAAGUAGAACUUCUGUGUGCAGCAAUUGUCUAUCUGGUCAGGUUUUGAAUUGGGUUAUUUGGUCACAGGAUCAUUAAAAGACUGCAUUUCCAUAAGAUCAGCCAAGGUGUUUCCUUUUUAAAUUUUUUUUUUCCUCUUUGAGGAAAAAACCCAACCCUCUUGGUUCUUUGCAAGGAGUUUUGACAUGUAAAUUUACUCCCGAGUAAGCUUCAACAAGAUUCCUUUCAGUUUUAUUUUUGUUUGAUUACUCACUGGGAGCCAGUGUGGUGUAGUGGUUAAGAGCGGUAGUCUCCUAAUCUGGUGAACCGGGUUCGCGUCUCUGCUCCUCCACAUGCAGCUGCUGGGUGACCUUGGGCCAGUCACACUUCUCUGAAGUCUCUCAGCCCCACUCACCUCGCAGAGUGUUUGUUGGGGGGGAGGAAGGGAAAGGAGAAUGUUAGCCGCUUUGAGACUCCUGAAGGGGAGUGAAAGGCGGGAUAUCAAAUCCAAACUCUUCUUCUUCUUCAUUUUAGGAAAUGAUAAUUUUGUAGUGAUUUUAGGUUCCAUGUGAGGUGAAGAAAUGCUUUUUGCAAGUCUUAAGGUAAUAUUAUUAUUAUUAUUAUUAUUAUUAUUAUUAUUAUUAUUAUAAUAAUUUAUUUGUACCCCGCCCACCUGGUUGGGUUUCCCCAGCCACUCUGGGCAGCUUCCAACAAAGACAAAAAAUACACUAAAAUGUCACACAUUAAAAACUUCCCUAAACAGGGCUGCCUUCAGAUGUCUUCUGAAUGUCAGGUAGUUGUUUAUCUCUUUGACAUCUGAUGGGAGGGCGUUCCACAGGGCGGGUGCCACUACCGAGAAGGCCCUCUGCCUGGUUCCCUGUAACUUGGCUUCUUGCAGUGGAGGAACUGCCGGAAGGCCCUCAGCACUGGAUCUCAGCGUCCGGGCAGAACGAUGGGGGUGGAGACGCUCCUUCAGGUAUACUGGAUCGAGGCCGUUUAGGGCUUUAAAGGUCAAUACCAACACUUUGAAUUGUGCUCAGAAACGUACUGGGAGCCAAUGUAGAAAGGUAGAAAGUGCCUAUCUAUUACAUUCGUAAUGCAGCUGGUCUGACCAGAGCUUGCCAGGGAACUGCCUCUGGCACGGAAAAUGCUCACACCCCCCUUACUUUCCUGUGUGCAGAUCAUGUAUAGUCUGUAAAAUCCCUCAACCUUAGCUAUUUAAGCACAUUCAAAGUUCUGAAGGUAUCAUAGAAUCAUAGAAUUGUAGAGUUGGAAGGGACCCCAAGAGUCAUCUAGUCCAACUGAUUCUCUUCCUCAGCUUCCUGUCCCUCCCUCUGUCCCUCAGAAUUCCUUUCUCACACCAUAGCAGAAACCCACAGGGGGCUUCACCGGGUCAGAAACCGUGGCUAGACACCCCGCCCCCCCCAGCUACCGCUCUGACAGGGAGUUUCCUAAAACUCACCACCCAUAACAAACUGUAGUUCUCAGGAUUCUUUGGAGGAAGCCUUGACUGUUUAAAGUGGUACGAGUGCUGCUUUAAAUGUUUAGUGCAGAUAGGGCCCGGCAUUUAUUUGUCCUCAAGACCCCUUCAAUUAAUAUAGGAUUCACCUGAGAUCAGGCUACUCCCUGCACCACCCUCAAAAAUGUUAAAUUAGCAUGGCAAAGCUCUGUCAAACAGGUUCCUCUUUGGGCCCAAAGAAAAUCUGGGAAUAUGGCUUGAAUAUAGCAGUAGAGAAGUCUUAUCUGAAUGAGUGGAUAAAAAACUGAUUUAAAUCUGUGUUUCCAGGUAUUUGUGAAAUGUCAGUGAAAAUAUUGCACCGCUGAUACAGAACUUAGGCACAGCUGGUAGAUAUUAUACCUGCUUGUAACCUUGUUUCCUGUUAAAGGCACAUACUUCCACCUUCGAUGGGAGUGACCUUGUAUUUCUUUUUGGUAAAGUUGUUGUUGUUGUUAUUUCCUUUUAUAGUAAUAAUAUAUUUCUUGUACCCUUCCCAUCUGCCUGGGUUGCCCCAGCCACUCUGGGCGGCUUCCAAUAAAGUAUACACAGUGAUAAAAAUCUUUGGAAUAUUGGAGAAAGUUACUCCUAUGUACAACUAUUACAAGGGAAAGAGAAGCUGCAAACAUUCAAUCUAUAUAGUGUAACUUUAUUUCAUAUGCCAAUUACGCAUUAGCUACAUAGGACAGAGAUUGGAUUACAUUAAUUUUUUUGUCUUCACUAUAAAUGAAAUUUGUCCUUUUACUUAUUUUCUCUUCCUCUUUGUGCCAAAGUGCCUGUAUAGUGAUUUAGAAUCAUAGAAUCAUAGAAUCAUAGAAUCAUAGAGCUGGAAGAGACCACAAGGGCCAUCGAGUCCAACCGCCUGCCAAGCAGGAAACACCAUCAGAGCACUCCUGACAUAUGGUUGUCAAGCCUCUGCUUAAAGACCUCCAAAGAAGGAGACUCCACCACACUCCUUGGCAGCAAAUUCCACUGUCGAACAGCUCUUACUGUCAUUUAUUCUUGACCUUAUACCCAUCUUAUUUUGGGGAGAUAUUUAAAGGUUGUGUUUCUUUUUCGUGUGUGUGUGUGUGUGUGUGUGUGUAUAUAUAUAUAUAUAUAUAUAAAACUCCACACACCCACACACAGUCACACAUGAGAUGCAGCAGCAAAAAAAAGUUAAUGCUAUUCUAGGCUGCAUCAGCAGAAGUCUAGUGUCCAGAUCAAGGGAAGCAACAGUAGCACUCUGUUCUGCCUUGGUGAUGCCAUACCUGGAAGGAAUACUGUGUACAGUUCUGGGCACCACAAUUUAAGAAGGAUGUUGACAAGCUGAAACUUGUGCUGAGGAGGGCAAGCAAGAUGAUCAAGGGUCUGGAAACCAAGCCUUAAAAGGAACGGUUGAAGGAGCUGGGUAUGUUUAGCCUGGAAAAGAGGAGACUAAGAGGAGAUAUGAUAGCCAUCUUCAAAUAUUUUAAGGGUUGCUAGUUGGAAGAUGGAGCAAGCUUGUUUGCUGCUGCUUGGAGGGGAGGACUUGAACCAAAGGCUUCAACUUACAAGAAAAAAGAUUCCAACUAAACACCAGGAAGAAUUUUCUGACAGUAAGAGCUGUUUGGGAGGUUGUGGACUCUCCUUCAAGGGAGGUUUUUAAGCAGAGGCUGGAUGGCCAUCUGUCAUGGAUGCUUUAGCUGAGAUUCCUGCAUUGCAGGCGGUUGGACUAGACGACCCUUGGGGUCCUUUGCAAUGCUACAAUUCUAUAAAGCAGAGCUGUAUUAAAUUGUUGGUACCAGUUUCAGCUGCUGUGAAUGGAGCCACUCAUCUUAUCUAGUAUACACUUGAGCUUUGCCUUGGAAUGUCACAAGCUGUUCUUGUGUUUUAUGGACCCCUGACUCUGCCACAAGCGGCCGUGAUCUCUGGAGAGCGGGGGGGGCGGGGGGCUGGACUGCAGCUCUCAUCACUGGCUGUGUUAGCCUAGGGCUGAUGGGAGUUGGAACACAACAAUCUCUGCAGGGCCACAAUUCCUUGGCAUAUGAGUACGUGUACAUAUUGCAGCAGGCAAUGCAACCCUAUGCAUCUUUACUGAGAAGAAGUUCCACUGAAUUUUUGAGUGGAAUGUAAUACUCCCAGGUAAAUGUACAUAAGUUAUAAGCCUGCAGCUUUAUGAUGAGAUUUCUUACUUCUAUUUCCAAAAAGAGCUUAUGCCAUAAUGAUUUUCUACAUUGUUUGGUACAGAAUAAUAAAUGUAUCCAGCUCCUAUAAAGAGAGGAGAGACCAUACACUUGCACUGUGUGGUUUACAAAGCUAGACAAUUUACUGUUUUAAAUAUGGCCACAAUAGUUUCCCAAGAAAAGAGGUUUGGCAGCUGUAAUUAAAGGAAACUCCAACUCCAGUGCCUAAGCCAGGCACGAGGAAGCUGUGGCCCUUCAGAGGUGGCUGGGCGCCAGCUCCCAUCAGCCCCCACCAGCGUGGCCAAGAGGUUGGCCCGAACCAUAAUCUGCAAGGGGGACUUCAGUUGAACAGUCCUUCAGCCUUUGGAAAACCACAUGAGGCAAUGGUGUUUGUGGAAGGAAUAAGCUGUAGGUUUAAUAUAACUAUAUUCCAAUUAUUGGCAACCCUAUCCUUUACUUCUGCUUUUCAGGAAAUAAACAGGAACUGCCUUAGUCAAGCCCUAAAUAAAUACAGUGUGGGGGGGGGACUUUUAGGAAAAAGUAUUUUGCAACUGCCUAAGGGACAUCUGAAAAAUGGAGGUACAAUGAUAGGGAAAGCUGCAAGACUCAGGCAGGUGGUGCAUUAGACCAUGGUUCCAGCUGUGGUCAGAAGUCUCGUGUUAAGGCAGGAGGCUUGGGCUUGAGCAGCUGACAUUGUCUUACAUAAGCAUCAGCAGAAACACUUCCUGCUCUAAUGCACAAAUAGGAGCCUCAUUGCAAAAUAUUCCUAAAAGUAAGGGAAGGGGGGUGAGGGCUUCCCCCUCCCUCCGCCCUUUCCUGCCUUCUCUUAUCUGGAUCUUAUCUGCUGAGGCUGUAGAAUGAGCAAAGGGAUUAAGCCUAAAUGAAUUUGGUCAACGGUGAGAAAAACAUUCCUGUGAAGAAGGGAAUUUGGGGACACAGAAACAUAGAAUUGUAGAGUUGGAAGGCACUGCUGAGCUGUCCCAGUGACCACAUGAUUAUGGCUGAUCAAAUAUUUUCAGUUGUGGUCUAUUUAAGCACAACCAAAUAUUCUAGGAAUCCAGGAAUGGCCUUGUGCAGGCGGUGCUUGCCUGCCUCCUGGCAGGAAAACCUCUCUCUUCUUCUGCCUGCCAGAGUCUCUCUCCACUUAGCAGUAGACAUUCCUUGCCUUGCAUUCAAGCCACUUUUGCAUCUAAAAAUUGUUCCCCACACUUGGGAGAUAAUAACACACUCUCCAUUUAGAUAGGGGAGCUGUGGCCUUUCGGACACAGUUGGACUACAGCUCCCAUGACCAGUGUUAGAAACUCAAAUAUAUAAGCUAGGCACCAAAGGGCUCCUUAAACCAAGGCCACAAUCACCAAAACGGAAAGUCUAGUUGCCUUUGGGGGGCAAGAUGGCUCUAAAAAGUCUUAUUUUUCAGUUAAACAUGUGGCUAUUUCAGAUGACAACCUUAAGCCAGGUUGAGAACUUUGAAAACUUAGAGAAGGAAAGUCACUUGAUCCAGGGACAGCCACAUAUAUAUUGGCCUAUUCUGACCUCUUUUUCUCUUCUACAGGAUGGGGUAUUGGUGUGUGCAAACAGUCCCGAUCCAAUGAUCCCCAGAUGGUGGAAAUGUCAGGUGCCAUCCUGGAGUCCAGGCAUCUUCACUUGCUCACAAGUGGCCAAAAGCAAGGUGCAAAAUGCACCUGGCACCUAGCUAAUUUUGAACGCUUGCCUUUGGGCAUGCUGGCUGGGGCUAAUGGCAGCUGGAGUCCAACAAUAUUUGGAGGACCUCAAGAACAUAGGAAGCUGCCUUAUUUCCGGUCAGACCAUGAGUCCCUCUAGCUUAUCAUUGUCCACUGGUCUUACUGGCAACAGCAACUCUGCCGGGGUUCCAACUGGGCCUUUCUCUGCUCUGCCUCGGGAUUGAGCCUGGCACCUUCUGCAUGUAUCUAACCCUGUAUUAAAACAUCAUAUGCAUCACAACUAUGAGAGGCAAGAAACCAAAGAGCAACAGUAGCACAAUGCCUUUUAAAAGGACCAACUACAUGGUCACAGGUGUGUCUUAGGGGCGGGGUAGUACCUCUGGUGGGGGACAUGCCAUGCUCCUUCUGGGGUAGUUUGUCCACCUUUGGUCCCCACCCUGCACUCAGCUCUCACCUGUGGCUCCUAGAAGCUACCAGCAUGUGACAGUGGCCACACCCUAGGAACAACUUUGACUGGCUGGCUAACCCAGGUGAGGGUAGCCAAUGGGUCUCAAACCCUCACUGAGUUAGGGACACCCCCUGCAUGUGAAGACAGGCCCCGGCGGAUGGAGUGGACAAGACUAAUAGUGGGUCCAAUGAUCAAGAAGGUGGUUUCUGCACAUACUGUAGAGGGAAGUGAGGGGCAGAUGGGGCUCAUCAACCUGGGAAGGUAAACCAUCUAGCAGAAGAAAAACUCUGAUCCUAAACCUCCACUACUUUGCAGCUGUGCUCAUUCGUGAGAAAGGCUUUGGGAGUAAAUCCUGAGGAAAAAUCUGUACCCGCUGCCUUGUGAGACAUCUUCAGUAGAAAAAAAAGACCAAGGAGAGGAGUUCCUAAAACGGUUGGAUAUUACUGAAGAAAUAAAUAGAAUGUCUCGUAAAAAGCAGCAAUUUUGUAUCUUGUAAACAUUUGUUUUCACAAUACAGCACCAUUCCAAAUAAAAUCCAAACGGGAUUGGAGUUUAUCUCCGUGGCCAAGAGUGUGCACCUCUUCAGCUGUGUUGGUUCAGUCCCCCCCCCACUUUUUUUUGCUAUUGGUCUAAUGCGCAGCAGUCUUAUAAAAGGUGCUUGGUUAGGUUACCUAACCGUGAAGUGGCAGCUUAUACAAUUACUUUUCCUGAGGACCAAAUUGUUGUUGUAAUCCUUGGUUUCUGAAGCUUUGUUAAUACUUCCCCAACAUCACACUUGUAUAUUACAUUUGUUCCCUCUGAUAAAAUCUUUCGCAAGUUUAAAUGAUAUCUUGAUGGAAGACACAGGCUGCCUUUGUGAUUAAACUGUCCAAGGCAACGUCACGCUCUGCAUCCAUUGGGAUGACUCAGAUUAAAACCUAUUGCAGAUAGAACCAAUUUAAGAGAGUGGCUUUCCUGGGGCUGCCUAAUGAGUUCAUAGCAGACAAAUUUCAAGUUGGGGAAUUCAUAAUUUGUAGCUCAGUCCCUUUGGUCUCUGUUAUACCAACUCUUACUACUGCAUUCUCUCUGGCUCCCUGCCCACUCAGUCGCUGGGCCCAAUUCUUAAACUGCUUUGAUUCCUGCUGUGGUUUUUGAUUGAUCAAUUAUCUGAGUAUCUUCUGAGCCAGUGUGGUGUAGUGGUUAAGAGUGGUCGUCUCGUAAUCUGGGGAACCGGGUUCGCGUCUCCGCUCCUCCACCUGCAGCUGCUGGGUGACCUUGGGCCAGUCACACUUCUCUGAAGUCUCUCAGCCCCACUCACCUCACAGAGUGUUUGUUGGGGGGGAGGAAGGGAAAGGAGAAUGUGAGCCGCUUUGAGACUCCUUCAGGUAGUGAUAAAAGCGGGAUAUCAAAUCCAAACUCCUCCUCCUCCUCCUCUUCUUCUUCUCCUCCUCCUCCUUCUUCUUCUGAUAACCAAAUGACUGACUCUAAAGGGAACCAGCUGCCUCUUCAAGCUCUCUCUGAGCUGUCACACUCUCAAGAAACCUCAUUUUGACGGCACUACAAACAAUUUCUGUUCUAACUGGAGCAUAUAUAAUGAGUUCUCAAAGUUCUUCUCGCAUCUCAAAAGAUCAGGCUUCUGCCUCAAGUUGUUCUUGCAACUUGUGUUACAUCUUAGAAAACACCCUUUAAAGCAGAACUUUGUUUGAAGCUGAGGAUUUAAUCUGGUGUGGAGAAAACCCGCAGUAGCAUCUCAGGACUCGUAACAUGUCCAUUUUCAAUAGGCUGUUUGUUCAAUCCCCUGCCCUGGCUAGUUAUGAACCCUGACAGAGCAUCAUGUGCUAUUAUGGCACAUAUGCCAGAAAACGUCUUGUGAUUGGCACCGUUGGGAGUCAGAAGUGUUCUGUGGAGGUGGUUGUAGCUGGGGGUGGGGGAGGAGGUCCAUUGGUGAGAGGAGUAGGGGACGUCCUAACAACUCUCUGCACCCUUAACAGAUGACAGUUCCCAGUUCCCAUGGCUGUUUUUAAAAGGGGUAUAUUACUGCUUUAAAUGCAUACUGCAGAGCAGGCCUUGCUUGCAGAGAAAUAAGUAGAAUGAUACAGGCAAUAUUUUAUCCCACUUGCUUAGAAGUAAACUUUUUCUCCCAGUGUUCUAGCCAUUUAGUACAAAGGCACUAGGAUAACUGAUGUGAAUUAGAUCCUUAUUUUUCAAAAAACAGAAAACGUAUAAAUAAAAUUAUAUAUGGAUAUUGUUAGUGAUCAGUAACUUAGGGUUUCUGUAUUCCCCUUGUAGCUCUGUUUCUUCUUUGCUGGGAAUGAUCACAAGUGGGGGGAGUUGCACGCAGGUUCUUCGUCUGGACUUCCCAGAGGCACCCGGGGGGCAACUGUGAGACCAGGAUGUUUUGGCCCGAGCCAAAAGGGCUUGUCUUAUGUCCUUAUGCAUUUAUUCUCUCUUCUAGCAUGGUUCCUUGCUCCCUCACCAUGACAUUUCUUGCAGCAGGCCACUUACGACCACCCUGUAAGGCCUGACCUGGGCAGGCAGAUGGUGCCAAAAUGGCUCUCCAGCAAAGGAUCCUGCAUUUGCAGAGUUGUUCAAACAUUGAUUUAAAUACACUCUAACUAAACUGAUAAGCGAGCGAUGUAAUUGCAUUCUGGUUCAGGGAUAGGGAACAUAUGCCCCCCAGAUGUUGCUGGACAUUGGUCAUGCUGCCCAACAUCUGGAUGGCCACUGGUUCCUCACAGCUGGUUCCAAGCAGCCUAGCCUGAGUUGCACACAGGGCCUAAACACCAGCUCCCGGGGGUGAAGGGUGGGGGACUGGCCCUUCAGGGUUCAGAGACAAAGUUACUCAUUAAUUACAGAAUUUCGGGUUGUGGCUUGCCUCAUCUCAAGGGUACAAAACUUGGGCAGUGCAUUCCUCUUAUUUUUGAGAUUAGAUCAGAUGCUAGCUCAAAAAUUCCCAGAAUAUGUGCCAAAGAAUGUAAAUAUGAUGCAACACAUGCUCUGCUGAUGUGUUCCAGGAGAAAUAAACAACUGUAUUCUAUUUUACUUCCCUUUUGUCCUUCUUUGUUUUAAUAUCCCCUCCUUUCUUUAUUACCCAAUUGCCCUCCUUUUACAGAAACUGGCAGAUCUGCCUAAUUCUCUGCUACUUUUUGGUUAAACGCUAUAUUGGCUAUGUGGCGCAUAAGAUACACGCACUUAGGGCAUUUUCCCCAGCCAUAUGAAUUUUUGUUUCUUUUUAUUACUACUUUUUAUCUUUACUAAAUGUUGUUUUUCAUGUUUGUAAUUUUUUUUGUAAUUGUAAGGUUUUAAAAUUUGGUUUUAAUGUUGUCUUUUAAAUGGUUGCAACUCACUUUAGGGAGAAGGGGGAGUAAUAAACAACAACAACCUCUGAUGGAGCACAUGUUUGUCAUUACAGAAUGUGCGCCUUGAUCCCAGUGGCAUGGCAUUCAACAUGUGGAAAGACCUCCCGGUGCCAUUUUUCUUUUCAGUCUAUUUAUUUGAGGUGCUGAAUCCAAAGGAAGUUCUUCAAGGAGGAAAGCCGGUAGUGACCCAGCGUGGCCCUUACGUAUACAGGUUUGAGCUCAUUUCUGUCUGCUUCAUCCCAUGUGACAAUCUUAAUUUUUUUCUUGUCAAUUAUCCUGUAUGUUGGGCAUGAGGAACCUUUGGCCCACCACGUCUUGCUGCACUACAACUCUCAUCAUCCCUGGGCAUUAGCCAUCUUUGCUGGGGUUGAUGGGAGUUGUGAUUCAGCAACAUCUGGAGGAGCAAAAGUUUACCACACCUGAUUUUUAUCUAACUGGUGGUGAAGAAGCUUUUUUUAGCCUGCAGACCACAUUCCCUGAUGAACAACGAAACCUGCAUGCAUGGUUAAGGUGACACCCCCAGAAACUAAAGAAUGCAAAGCAGGCUGGUCAAGAAAACUCUGGUCCAUUGUUUAAGCCAGCCUGAAUGUCUGCUUUUAGGGUCUUGUCUACUGGAGUAUGAGAAAUUAAGAGGCUUUAGUUCAGCUGAGAUUGUGUGCCAGAGUGAAGAAGAUACAAGACUUGUUGGCAGCUCUGAGUAACCUUCAUGAAACUCCUUUCACUCUGCUAAAGGUUGAGACUAGGUCCCUCCCCAAAAACAACUAAGAAAAAAAUAAAGCUCAUUUGAUAGGAGCUUGCCCCUGACACAAUUUACCAUAACAGAAUUGUUUAAGUGAGAAAAAGGGUGUGUGUGUGUGUGUGUGUGUGAGAGAGAGAGAGAUAAGGGCAGAUGAGAAAACAGGUCUAUUUGGAGGUGCCAGAUCAAAAAGCAGCUGCACCUCAGUCUUGGCCUGAACUUACUGCCUAUUUGGGCCAUUCUGGAUCCUGAGUUCACCUUUCUGACCUUUGCCCCUUAGUCCACAGAAGCCAAUUCCUUGGGUUGCUGCUGGGACUGGUAGUUAUAAUCCAGUUUUCUUAUUAAUCUUUAGCUUCAGCUACUGUAAGGCUGGGAAUUUAGUAAACUUGUAAAUAGUUUGGACUGGCAGAAGAUUUAGGAACAUGAUGUUCAGGUUUUACUGAUUUUCAUGCUUUAUUUGUAGCUGUUUAACAAUUAAAAAUGAUUAGUCUGUCUAAUUCCCCCCCACCCCGUUUAUAUAUUAAUUCAAACAUUCCCUUUAUUCUUAUAUUUCACUUAUUGCCAAGCUUGCAUAUGCUAAUCAUCUCUGAGCUUUGUUUUAAAAUAAAUAUUUCCAAUUUAUUUUGUUUGUGGUCUGACCCCUGUCCCAUUCUGACUGCCAGCACCAGCUCAAUGGAGUGAAAUUAAAAAACCUGUUUUCACGAGCCAGAGGCACGCCCAGCCCUACCCAAAGAUGCUUCUGCUUUGGAAGGAGAUGCUGUGCCACUGAUCUGCUGCGCUUCCCUAAUGCAUGUUCCCCAGUACACCUCCUUACUCACCCCAAAGACCAGACCAUUUAUAAUCAACUCAGGCCUUUUGGCUCUUGUGGGCAGAAUAUGUGUCCUAGACCUAGAGUGUUCCUGGUGCCCCCACCAGCUGCCCUUUAAUGGUUGGUAGCAGUGGCCCGGCUGUCUCCUUGGGACAUGUUGCUUCCCAUUGGGGAGGGAUCAUUGAAGGGCCGUAGCUCAGUGGCAGAGCACCUGCCUUGCAUGCAUAAGGCUCCAGGUUCAGUCCCUGCCCUCUCCCAGUAGGGCUGGGAGAGGCUUUUGUCUGAAGCCCUGGAGAGCCGCUGCCUGUUCAUGGGGACAGUGCUGAACAAGAAAGACCAGCGGGCUUUCCGUAUAAGGCAGCUUUCAAAGUUCCUCUAAUUUGGAGUUCCUCUGAUGAGCUUCCAAGCCGAGAACGGAGUUUGAAAGCCACCGAAACAGGUCAGUGGAGGGAGUGAUGGAAGACCUUCUUGAAAGCUUAUCCAAAUCUUUUGCCAAGCACUCAGCAAGGUCUGUUGCCAUCUCAUGCACAAUUCCCCCCCACUGGGCUUAGCUGCCAGCAUAAUGCCAAGCUUGUCCUCUGCGUACGUUGUGCCUAUAGUGGCUCCCUGGUGCACUUGCGGGUGCUGAAUGUAUGCAUUGUGGCUCUGUGCAAAGGGAAUGAAGCAAAAGCCUCUUAGCACAAAUGUCUUUGUUUCUCCUUUGCCCAAGAUUAGAGUCCAAGCGAAUGGGGACUCUUAUCCCUUCUCCUGCUCCGGCCCCAAGAUUGGAUUUGAAUGGCGCAUAGCAAGCAGGGUUUUCUGCUGAGCUGCCUAAUCCACCAUCCUUGUGUCACCCGUCUGGGAUUGCCAGCUUCCCUUGCUCUCGGAGGCUCCAGUUCCUUUUAAGAGCUACUGGGCAGCUCUUGGCAGGCUUGGUCAGCUGCAUGAUGUGAGGUCAGGAGCCCCACCAGCUGAAUUGCUCUUUACUCUUCAAAGCCUCUGUCAAUCCACCAAUGCUGACAGGCAGAGCCCCUGCAAGCAUCUCAUUGGCCUUUCAAUGCAGUGAGUAUGCAUGUGCAUGCAAAAGGUUGCACACGACUGGCACGCUUUUCUGUUAAAACUAACAGGUGGCUCUCAUGUGCAAGAGCGUCGGAAGCUUCUGAGGAUCUGUUGUAGUCUGAAUGGAACACUUCUUCAGAAGUCUUGCACCAUCAUCCUCUGUGAAGUUGGUGGUUGAAAUAUAUAAUUGGCUUUUCCUUUUAGUUCUCCGCCCUUGGCCUGUGGAUUAUGCUGGGCCACUUAUUAAAGGUUAAAUGAUUGCUACUUAUUUGUUUCAGGAUCAAUGACUCCUUUUGUUCGAGGUGUUGAUCUGUCCCUCUGUUGAAAUAGAAAGUGUUGGGAGGCCAGUGAGAGAAAUCUGCACCCAUAGCUAUGUCUGCAGCAACCUAGGAUUGUUUUAGAAGUGUCAGGGUGAGAAAAGGUAGGAUUAAUGGAUGCCGACAUCCGAGGGAGGUUAUGAAAAAAGCCUUGCAAUUUACAAAGCAGAUAAAUAGCGCUUUUAGCACUUCAUAACAUUAAAAAUGGUGCUAAAGAACCAGUGUAGUGAACUGUAGUGCUGGGGAAAGACCUAGGAGACUAGGGUUCGAAUCCCCACUCAGCCAGUCACUGUGUCUCAGACCAAUUUCCCUCACAGGGUGGUUGUGAGGAUAAAAUAGGAAGGGUGGGGGAAGAACCACCUUGGAGGAGAGGUGAGAACAAUGAUGACAAUCGCUGAAGUUUGUUAUAAUGGUGCUAUCCAGCCGCCUUGUCUCAAAACACUGUAACUCCUAAGCCAGGGAGAUCAGAACAUGACCCUCUUAAUCUCAAGAUUCUGAGUUCGAGCCCUGCAUUGGACAAAGGAUUCCUGCAUUGCAGGAGGGUAGACUAGAUGACCCUCAUGGUCCUUUCCAGCUCUACAGUUCUAUGACUUUUACGGAGUUUCUCACUGGGUUUUUUCUGCUUUGGGCCAGAUUUUCCCAACCUGGUCUGCCCUCCAGAGAUUUUGGGCUACAGUUCCCCUAAUCCCUGACUGGUGGGCAAACGAGGACACCUUGUAUGUGUAUAACUCUUAAAAAAACUUUCAAUAAAAUCUUAAUAAUGAAAAAAAAUGUUUUGGAGUAAGAAACACACUCAGUUUUUAGAUGCAAAUAAGUAUUGUAUAGUCGUACCUCGGAAGUCAAACGGAAUCUGUUCUGGAAGUCCAAUCAACUUCCAAAACGUUUGGAAACCAAGGCACAGCUUUUGAUUGGCGGAAGUCCCUGCAGCCAAUUGGAAGCCGCGUAAGCCGUGUCAGAUGUUUGAAUUCCAAAGAAAGCUUGUAAACUGGUUUGCAGCAUUUGGGAGCCAAAAUGUUUGACUCUCGUGGCGUUUGGGAUCCAACGUACGACUGUAUCUGGAAGCGUCAUUCCCUUCCAUGUGAGAAAAAGCAAGGGCGCCUCUUAAGACUCUGCUUACAGUUUUUAGGAGUACUUUUUAUUGAAAAACCAUGUUGUUGUUUUUUAAAAAAAUCUGUUGCCCAAUUGGAAGACACUUUAAAAAAUGAUUUAAAGGGGUUUUUAUUCGAUUGACAUAAAUAGUGAUUCAGUUUUUAAAUGAACAUAGGAAGCUGCUGCUGCUGCUGCUGCUGUUGUUAUCAUUAAUUGUUUGCUAAUAGAAGAUCUCAAAGUGGUUUGCAAUACACAUACCCUCUCCACACAAACAUAAUAGAUGCAUAAACACAAAUACAUGAACAUUAUCAUUGUACCUAAAUGUCAGGGCUGGCCCACAGUAUUUUGUUGCCUGAGGCAAACCAGAAAAUGCCCCCUCCCCAAAAGCAUCAUUCCUACAAAAAGCAAACAGGAUUUCAUGACUUCAUCCCAUUCUUAGCUAUAUCACAAGCCCUUCAGAAUUCAGGAAAACAAUAUGGAUAACCCCUCUAUCCCAGUCAGCCAUAACUUGGGCAGUACUGUAUAGCUAUGUUACAAAGUCCACGUAAGUGUGACAUCACCACAUGCACCCUCCCUGCAGUGGGAGGGGAGACCCACGCUCAGCCAUCAACCCAGGCGUAGCACCAGUGGCCUCUGCCAAGCCUCCAUUCGGCCCCCCUGCUUCCACGGGCAGUGGCAGCCACUGCUGCUGUCGGUCAAAGUGAGGCACACACCACUACCAUCUUCGGCCGCUUGGAAACACUUGACAAGUGUACCCACAAACCCCCAAGUGUACCAAAGAACAUGGUUUGCGCAAGCGUCCAGAGGGGAGAGGAGAGAGAACCGGGGUGUCCUACUGUGCAUGCCCUUGCUUCCUUGCGGAGUGGGCCAUAGACCGUUCCUCAGGGGCAGAUCUGCUGGGCAGGUAAUGAAGCUCCCAGAGGAGCCCCAGAAGCGACUUCAGUCCACAUUGCUUUUACAUUUUGGGUCAAGUGGACCCAGUUUUUGUUGCAUGAUUCAAACUAAUUACUUUUUUGUUGCAUAUAUUUCAACAAUCCCAAAGUUUGAGAGUCAGUAGCACAGGUGUUGUAAAGAUGAAGUGUUGUGGUAAGUAGACUGUUCUGCUGAAGAGCUCUUAAAUUCUUUAUGCAUAUUGUCUCUAGAAAAUGACAUUGCAAGAAAGCUUUCAUAUGACAAAACUAUGGAGUGUCUGCAACGUCUACAGCCUAUUAUGGAGGAAAGCCUUCCAUGGUGGAAGCAAUGCAGGUACUGAUUUAGCCUGAGUCUUUCUGCCUCUCUCUUCUACAGGGAGCACAGAGAGAAAACCAACAUAACUUUCCAUGACAAUGAUACCAUCUCCUUCUUAGAGUAUCGGAGUUUCUACUUCCGGCCAGAGCUGUCAGUUGGGUUAGAAUCUGACUACGUUGUCAUACCAAAUAUCUUGGUGUCGGUAAGUGGACUCACAGUUGCUGUGCUGAUAAUUAUUUCUAGUUUCUAAUUGUUUUUGUUUACCUGGGUUUAAACAUAUGCUAUGCAGUGGGAGGAAAGGGAAAGGGCACAAUGUGGUUAUAGGUUUUCAAUUCCCUGAAUACUGGCUUUCCAUCUUUGUCUUUUAAAAAAAGAAAUAAAAAGAAAUACCCAAACAUCUAGUGCUUAUGGUUGAGAAGAGAUGCGUGAAAGUAUGUAGGCCAUUCAGAGCAGCGUGUUGAAUUGAUUCAUUGCUUACUAAGGAAGGAAUUUUGAUAAUCCUACACUGGAAAAAGUCAGAAAUGCCACCAGCUACAUGCAGGGAAAUCAAGGGAUAGUCAUGGAUUGCAUACUUAAAAUUGAUUUCCCCCCUUUCCCCAUUCCCUGCCCUCAACCUUUCCUCCCCCUGAAUUAAUACCAGAGGCACACUCCAGUCUUACAUCCCAUAAAAUUUACUUGUAGGUUGUUGAAGAGUAAGAAUUAUCUGCUCUAAAGGUAAUAUCUCUGAAUGAGUCACUAUUUUGGGUUUCCUGAUUGAAAUGAGAUGAGCCAAGAAAACUGACUCAUACAGAGAUGUGACAAAUUGCCUCUUCUUGGAAUUGGUUUCCCAGUUAAUUUUAUUUACUUUAUUUUAAAUUACUUACUAUUCUAUACAUUCCAAGUAUAACAUAUAAAACAACAAAGCAAUACAAACACAUCAUUUUAGAUCCACCAGUGAAUUCAGAGACACUUCCUAUCACAUAUUAAACCUCUGCCUUAAACAAAAUUAACACCCCCUCUUACAUAUUUUUACCACAUACCCAAAUGAUUUAAUAUCUAUUUUAAUUUUUAUAUUUCCUGGAUUGGUGACUAUAAGUCUGUUUGUUUUAUACCUAUAUUGACUGUUCUCAUAUAUACAUACAAAUUGCAAAAGUCUGCAAUCCUAGCUUCCCAUACCUGGAAGUAAGCCCUGUUGAAUUCAGUAAGACUUGCUUCUGAAGUAGAGAUGGUUAACAUCGUGCUGUUUCCACGGCAUGUUUAGCUGUUGUUGCGGUGUGUGUUUAAAUAUGAGACAUAUAUAGAAGGUGAUUUGUGUAUUAGAGAGUUUGCCUGGGGAUCAGUUCCCAGUACUAGCCAGCAAUAUGUAUCCGUGCCAGACAACAUGGGCUCCUCUUAGGAGCAUCAAUGCAUGAUAACCUGUCCGCCCUUCUCUCUCCCUCUUCUUUCCAUCUUUCACAACCAGGCUGCAGCGGUGAUGUUGGAGGGCAUGCCGGCGGGUGUUCAGAUGCUUGUCAGCGCCACCUUUGCUGCCUUCGGACAGGGUGCUUUUGUGAACCGGACGGUGGGAGAAAUCUUGUGGGGUUAUGAUGAGCCGCUCAUCGACUUCCUGAACAGCAUCAAGCCUGGCUUACUUCCCUUCAAAGGGAAAUUUGGCUUGUUUGCUGAAGUAAGUAAACCCUUGGGAGGGAGCUUGGGUCUCUGAAGUGAGUGGUGGAGGGGUGCGGUGGAAGUCAUGAAGGGCAAGGCAGAAAUGAGAAGGGAUAGGUGCAACAAUUCUGUAGCAGGUGCCAAGAGAGAGGCGUGGGAAGCUGCUCCAGAUCAAACUAUCUGCCUGCCCUGCCCAGCCUCAAAGAGAGCUCUCCCCGGUCACCUCCCAACUAAUCCUUCCAAGCAGAGGUGUCAGGAAUUUAAGGCCAAAUAUAAUUGGGCACAGUUUCACGCCCGUAGCAAAACAAAGUAGCUUAAGAGGAAGACUCCUUCCAUGUACCAGCAUUUGUAGGGCUUGCCAGUAACAUGUAAUUGAAGAAUUGCUUUCUGAAGCUGUCCAGGGCAGUGUGUGCAAAAGUAAGGCCAGUUUUGCAAGACAUCUCCAGAUAAGGAAUUUCUAGAAGGCAGGGUUUGCUCCUAGCUUAGGGUUACCAGAAGCUCCUGGUUCCCAGGGACAGUCCACGGAUUUUCAAAUCUGUCCCUGGGAAACAUGGCAGCAGCAGCCUCAACAGCCCGGAGCCAGCCUGGUAGCGCAGUUGGCUCUGGCUGGCUUCAGGAGCUGCUCGCUGCUAUGUCAUGACACAUCAUACGGGGACUUCCGGAGAGGAAAAAUGGCUGGCGCCAUGGCAGCAAGCAGCUCCUGAAGUCAGCUAGAGCCAACUGCGCUACCAGGUUGGCUCCAGGCUGCUGACUGCUGCGCUGCCGCCGCCACUGCCGAAGGGGAACCGGGGACAGUACAGAUCUCCUGCCCCCUUCCCCCUUUGUUUCAACUGAUCGGGGGAGGCUCGGGAGUCGCGACUGGCUGGCUGUUGCCCAGUUUUUAAAAAACUCUGAGCAUUUAUGUUUCACAGGGUGUGAAAGAAGGGCUUUGCACCUUUAUACAAUAUGCAUGUGUGCUUGGGGCCAGGAUCUUUUGCCUCACCAUCCCUACUACUGACUCCCUGUUGCCACUCAGCUUCAAAAAAAAAAGGGGGGGGGAAGUGUCCCCGGAUUCAUUGAAAAAAAUCUGGUAACCAUAUCCUAGCUACUACGCCUUCUGUUGGCUGCUAUGGCGGGUAUCAGUGGCAACAAUGCGGUGACUGGUUCAAUGUUUCCGUCUAGGGUGCCUCGUACAGAAUUAGACUUUUGGUGCAUCCAGCUUAGCAGUGUUUCUUCCAGUUUCCUCAAACUGGUGCCUGCCAGAUGUUGGAUAGCAGUUACCGUCCACCCCAGGCAGCGUGGCCAACCUUGGGAAAUGAGGUCAAAAUGUCUAGAAGGCACCAGAUUGGGGAAGGCUGCUCUGUUCACAGAGGCAACAUCCAAACUGGGAGCUAGUGUGGCAGAGCAGCUAGAGUGUCGCGCUCACACCUUGGAGACUGAAGCUCAAAUCCCUGCUCAGCCAUGAAGCUCACUGGGUGACCUUGGGCCAUUCGCCAUAUCUCAGCCUAACCUGGGUCACAGGAUUGUUGUGAGGGCAAAAUGGAGAGGAAAUGUGGAGUAUAAAUGUAAUGAUAAUGAUACUGUCAAGGCCUAAGGUCAAGAUCUCGCCCAGCCCAGGAACCUGAAAUCGUUUUUGCUGGUGGUGUCAGGGAUUUGGAACAUUAUUCAAGGCUCUGAGGUGCAGCAUAUACUCUGCCUCUGAGCUAUGGCCAACCUUCCUUGCAAACCCUUCUUAAGAGGGCAAUGUGUGAAGUGGCCUUCCUUCCUGUUCUCUGCUCCCUGAUUUCCCUCACCCCAACCCUUCUGAAAAGCACGUGAACAAGGCAUGUUAAUAAUAUAUCUUCUCUUCCACUGCAGUUCAAUAAUUCAAAUACAGGGCUGUUCACGGUGUACACAGGCAUGAAGAACAUCAGCAGAGUCCAUAUGAUAGAUUCUUGGAAUGGACUGAAAGAGGUAACUGCAAACUGCUCUCUUCGUGGAAACUCCUCUUCCAUUGUCUCUCUCUAAAGGCAGACAGAAUCAACCCAUUCAGAUCCUCCUAUGCAGUCAAGAUGUUUUGGCUCUGCCUUUGUCUUCCCAGUGCUGUUUGCUGCCCCAUCAACUCAGAACAGAGUCUUCUUUUAAUAUGGAAGACUUGGCACAGCAUAGGAUUUGCCAUGGAUUCCGUCGUUUUUUUCCUUUUGUAAUCUCACCUGCUCCCAUCAGAUAGGCUGUACCAUGUGCAUCACAUGGUUGGGAAUAAAAAACUUCCAUGGAGACAGCUCAGAUUCAGCCACAAGAAAAAGUUGAAUUCUUCAGUUGCUGUAAUCCAAGUGUGAGGAGCCUUUUUCACCCCGAGGGCCACAUUCCCUUCUGGGAAGCCUUCCAGGGACCACAUGGCAAUGACGGGCCAGGGGCGGAAACGGAAGCUGCAACUUAAGUGCAUUCUUAACUUGUGGGCAUUCAGCUUUACGUGCAUGACCAUUAAUUAAUUAAUUAAUUAAUUAAUUAAAAGAUAGUGGGAAGGUGGUGGAGUUCCAGGAGAAAUGACUUUGGCAAUCCCACCUGCCAUUGAACCCAAUGUGUUUUCACUAUACAGUGGUACCUCGGGAUACAUACGCUUCAGGUUACAUACGCUUCAGGUUACAGACUCUGCUAACCCAGAAAUAGUAUCUUGCGUUAAGAACUUUGCUUCAGGAUGAGAACAGAAAUCACGCGGCGGCAGCACGGCAGCAGCAGGAGGCCCUAUUAGCUAAAGUGGUGCUUCAGGUUAAGAACAAUUUCAGAGUAAGAACGGACCUCUGGAACGAAUUAAGUACGUAACCAGAGGUACCACUGUACAUGAUUUUGGCUUUAGGCGCAAUCCUCGGAACAUAAGCCCCGUAUAAGUUGUGGGCUUACUUUAUGGUCAGUUAUACCUUUGCACAGUAGGCUAGUUUCUGCACAAUAUACCGUAUUUUUCGCACCAUAGGACGCACUUUUUCCCCUCCAAAAAUGAAGGGGAAAUGUGUGUGCGUCCUAUGGAGCAAAUGCAGGCUUUCGCUGAAGCCUGGAGAGCGAGAGGCAUCGGUGCGCACCGACCCUCUCGCUCUCCAGGCUUCAGGAAGCUAUCCGCAAGCCUUGCAAGCCCGGUGGGAGUUCCCGCGGGCUCACAAGGCUUGCAGGCAGCAGCCUGCAGCCCCGGCGAGUGUCCGCGAAGCCUUGCGCGCCCGGCAGGAGGUCCCGCCGAGCGCGCAAGGCUCGGGCGGCAGCUUAGUCGCCCAAAGCACGGGAGCCCUCCGGAGGGCUCCCCGUGCUUCGGGCGAGUGUCUGCAAGCCUUGCGCGCCCGGCAGCAGGUCCCGCCGAGCGCGCGAGGCUUGGGCGGCAGCCUGUCGCCCGAGCACGGGAGCCCUCCGGAGGGCUCCCCGUGCUUGGGCGAGUGUCUGCAAGCCUUGCGCGCCCGGCAGGAGGUCCUGCCGAGCGUGCGAGGCUUCGGGCGGCAGCUUGUCGCCCGAAGCACGGGAGCCCUCCGGAGGGCUCCCGUGCUUCGGGCGAGUGUCUGCAAGCCUUGCGCGCCCGGCAGAAGGUCCCGCCGAGCGCGCGAGGCUUCGGGCGGCAGCUUGUCGCCCGAAGCACGGGAGCCCUCCGGAGGGCUCCCGUGCUUGGGCGAGUGUCUGCAAGACUUGCGCGCCCGGCCGGAGGUCCCGCCGAGCGCGCGAGGCGUGGGGCGGCAGCCGGGGGGGGGGGAAAUAAUUUUUUUUAUUCAUUUCCCCCCCCAAAAAAACGAGGUGCGUCCUAUGGGCCGGUGCGUCCUAUAGAACGAAAAAUACGGUACUCACACACACCCCUCUCUAUCCUCUGUCCGAACUAAAAAGAGUCAUUUAUCAGAGUUCAAGGAUGCAUCCUAGCCAAUCAAAUGCACUUGUGGUGUGAAGUGGAGCCAGUGAGGCUUGGGGAAAGGGGAGGAGUUGCAGGGGCCAAAUUGAGAGGUCUGGAGGGCUGCGUUUGGUCCUUGGGCUGGAGGUUCCCCACCCUGGUAUAAACUAUACAAGUGAAGAGGGUCUGCAUUUUUUUAUAUAAAAAAAUAACAGUGCUUUGUGCAACACAAUCCUCUGGAAAUCUUCUCAGACACAAGUCCUAUUUGUGUCUUCAGUGAGCCAUGUGGCCAGGUAAGUGUCUCUCUUUCAAAGGCAGACAGAAUCAACCCAUUCAGAUCCUCCUAUGCAGUCAAGAUGUUUUGGCCCAUGUCAAAUAAUAGAUUUAAGUCCUUUGCACAAUUUGAAAGGGGUGCCUUCCACAUUGAUAAGACUGCAGGUUCUUAAAUGGAUGCAUUCAGCUCAGAUAACUUGAGAUUGUAUCUAGAGUGGCUGCUUUAGUUUUACACAAGCUAAGAAAAAAAAUUCUGCGCUCUUUUUUUUACAGCUUUUGUAUGGUACUUUUAUUCAGAGACCUUUUGCUUCCUAGUGAUUCAGACCUCUGAAGAGUUUCCUGGUACAGUUUAAAGGAAAGAUUGUGUGGCAGAAAGGUCUGGGGAAUUCCUCAGGAUUGGGCAUGGGGAAGAUGAGGCCACGGUUUGUAAUGAAAGCUAGGCUUAACCUGUUUGGCAGGGAGGGUUUCUUGCUAGACUCAGCCCAGCUUCUGGUUAUUCUUAGGGAUCCAUUUUCCCUCUAGGUGUCCUACUGGAACUCUGAUCAAUGCAACAUGAUCAAUGGGACAUCUGGACAGAUCUGGCCUCCAUUUAUGACCCCUUCCUCACCUGUGGAAUUGUACAGCCCUGAUGCCUGCAGGUAAGCUGAGAAGAAAUCCCUGCUUGCCCAGCAGGGACAGUGCAUACGCCUCCAGGUAUUGCUGGAGUCCACAUCAGCUCCAGCCAGCAAAGCCAGGCCUUGGAGAUUAUGGGAGCUGUUGUCCACAAAUACCUGGAAAGCCACAGGAUCCCCCCCCCCCCCAGUUCUAAACUGGAAGCAUAGGAAUCUGCAUUCUAUCCUGAGCUCAGUAGAUAGACUUGUCAAGAGGACAGGCCAUGACUCAGUGGGAGAGCAUCUGCUAUGCAUGCAGAAGGCCCCAGAUUCAAUCCCCGGCAUCUCUUGGUAGGCCUGGAAAAGACCCAGCCUGGAGAGCCACUCCCAGUCAGUGCAGGCACAUUGCAGUGUUUCUCAGAUGACAGAGACCAAAGCUUGCUUAUUUUUUGCGGGGGCCUGACACUCUCUUGCACCCAUCUCUAGUCUGCUUGAGUUUCAUCCUCCAUCUCUGUAUUAUAUCUUAUAAUCUCUCUCACACACCCCACUUCCCCCCUUUUAGAGGAAGCAGUGCAGAGGCUGACUUGAGGCUUCUGGCUUCUGGUGCAAGAUCUCUGCCUCUGGCUUGUUUAGAAUAUAUAUCCUGAUCAGGGCUGGCUCGAGACAUUUUGCUGCUGUAGUUAAAAUGCCCUGCUGCUGCCCAGCUGCUGCUGCCCCCAGCCCCCAGCGUGCCCUCGCUGCCACAUGCCUUGUCAUCGCAACUGUACCCUCACCUGCAGCUGCACCUGUGCUGCUACCAUGACGCAGCAGCAGUGGCAAGGGCAACAGCACUGUGUUGGCAGCGUGGUGGGGAUCGGAUGCACCAUCUGAGGCAAAUGGCUUCACCUUGCCUCACCCACUGGCUGCCCCAAUCCUGAUGUACCCUUACAACUCUGGGCACUGGGUGAAUACAUACAUAAUUGCAGAACUUGACGCUCUCCAAAAAGGCAGAAAGUGAUUAAAAACUUGCCUUGAAUCAUCUGCAAAUGGGCUUUAGGCCUGUCAGCAGCUGCCCAUGGGAAAAGUUGGCUAAGUCCGAGUCUCAGCUGGGAAGCGGAGGCAUGGAAACAUCUCCUGGCUGAAAUAUGUGGUCGGCGUGUUCUUUCAGGGUUUGCUUUUUGGGGAGGAAAUCCUUUGAUGAGGCUGUAGUCUCACACAGGAGAAGGUACAAUCCCUGCUCCUACCUGGCAAUUUCCCUCUUGCAGCUGCACUCAGAAAAGGCUGCUCCCGUGUGAACGGUUGAAUCAGGUGCAGUCUGUUGAGGAUGUUGAAACUGGAUUCUUAGUAUUCCCAGUGGCCUAUUAGGGGCUGCUCUGUAUGGGACGGGCCAACAUCCUAGAAGCUAGGUUGGCUGUCUCUACAAAAAUAAAUGACUCAACGUUCUAGCUUGUUUACAGUCACAGUUCAAAGUACUGUUUUUGUAGUUUUUUGCUCUCUUUAUUUUUGAACAUAAAGCACUUUAUUUAUUACAUUUAUUGCAUUUAUUUAUAUAUUUAUUAUAUGAUUAUUUAUUCUCUUCCCAUUUGUCUGAUUCUUUAGAGUUUACAUCACUAAUACCAAAACAUCUAACAUGAAGUAAGAGGGGAGAAAUGGUGUGUGUGUGUGUGUGUGUGUGUGUGUGUCAGACAAAAUUAGAAUUUGUUAGUUCUGCCUGCAUUGGCUUUGGCUCCACUUCCUGUUAGCUUCUCUGACCUCCGCCUUAUCAGUCCUACCAGUCCAAAUGGGCACCAGACACCAUGACUCACUUCUGUUCAAAAGUGGCCAGAUAGAUAGUACUAGGAAGCUUAGAAGGUGUACAAGGGGACCCCAGUUUCAGCAGAUGCUGUGGUGGGCCUCAACGUGUUCAACUUUCAUCUCUGAAGUAUGUCUUCUGGUGCUUGGAUGCCCCUCAUCUCUUGAAACCCCUGUUUUCAGGUCCAUUAAAUUAAACUACAGUAGAUCUGGAGACUUCAAGGGAAUACCAACGCUGCGUUACGUGGCUCCAAAGAACUUGUUUGACAAUGGUACAGACUAUCCUCCCAACGAAGGCUUCUGUCCGUGCCGCCAGUCUGGAAUCCAGAAUGUCAGCAGCUGUCGAUUAAGUACGUCUAAAAAGUAUUUUGGUCCCCGCCCCCAGCAAUCAUCAGCGUUGUCCAGUUUGUUGGGUUGGGGGGCUAGAAGUGUUUAGACAUCUCUUUCAUUGUUCUGUUGCUGUUUGUUUUGCAGGAAAAUCUGGUACUAUAACCCAACCUUUGCUAGCCUGGUUCCCACCAGGUGUCUGGGGGAUUCCAACUCCCACCAGCCCUUUCUAGUAUGGCCAGCAGUCAGGGAUGAUGGGAGUUGUAGACCAGCAACAGCUGGAGGGUGCUAGGUUGGGAGACAGCUGCCAUAGCCUCUCACAUGAACGUGGAAAGCCUGCCUGAUGUGGAAUCGGAAGCAUUGCCAAUCUAGCUCAGAGUUCGUUUUGCCCCUUCAUCUUGGCCAGACUCCUUUUCUAGCCCUCCUGCCCUAGAUUUCUUAAGUGGAGUUGCCAGGGUUUGAACCCCUAACAUUUGUAUAUAAUUUAUUUCCCAAGAUUUGGUUGCAAUAAAAUCCCCAGAGCAGUUUACAAAAGCCAAGUGAGUGCAACAGCAGCUUCCUGUAAGAUGAAAACUUGGAUCGUUCCUCUGCCUUACAAAAUGCUCAAUAUCACAAACUGUUAUGGGAGAGAACAAUAGCAAUGCUGUUCUCUGUGGGGAUUGUGUAAUACGUAAAAUGCUGUUGGGCAGACUUCAUUGUGUGGGCAUGUUCUCUCAGUGUCGUAUAAUUGUUAGCACCUCUUGGGGACCUACAGGCUCAGAGGCUGACUUUGGGCUACUCACUUUCUCAGCCUAACUUACCUCCAUGGGGCUGUUAAAAUAAAACGCAGUGGAAGAAGCCAUAUUUGCCACCAUGAAUGCCUUGGAGGGAGGGCAGGAUAUAAGAAGAGCCUGCUGGGUCAGGCCAAUGUCACAUCUAAUCCAGCAUUCUGUUCUCAGAGUGGCCAAUAACAGAAUCAUGGAGUUGGAAGAGACCCCAGGGGUCAUCUAGUCCAACCCCCUGCAAUGCAGGAAUCUCAACUAAAGCAUCCAUGACCAGUGGCCAUCCAACCUCUGCUUAAAAAAAUUCAAGAAAGGAGAGUCCACAACCCCCUGAGGAGUCCGUUCCACUGUGAAACAGCUCUUACUGUCAGAAAGUUCUUUGUGAUGUUUAUUUGUAACUUGAAUCCAGUGAUUUGAAUCCUACCCUCUGAAGCAAAAAACAAAACAAAAACAAGCUUGCUGCAUCUUCCAUCUGACACCCAUUCAGAUAUUUGAAGAUGGCUAUCAUAUCUCCUCUCAGUCUCCUCCUUACCAGGCUAAACAUACCCAAUUCCCUCAACUGUUACUCUUGAGACCAUUUAUCAUCUUGGUUGCCCUCCUUUGCACACAUUCCAGCUUGUCAAUAUCCUCUUUGAAUUGUGGUGCCCAGAAUUGGACAAAUGACUCCAAGUGUAGUCUGACCAAGGCAGAAUAAAAUGGUACUAUGUCUUCCCUUGAUCUGGACACUAGACAUCUGUUGAUGCAGCCUAGAACAGCAUUAGCUAUCAGAUGCCUAUAGAAAUAAUCUCCCCAAUUGAGCCUCCCACCAGCCACUGGCCCUCAGAGGCAUUCGGCCUCCAACAGUUGAGUUAGUCAUCAUAGCCAGCUAGCUAGUCCUCCUUUUAAGCCAUCAAAUAAGGUGGCCAUCUCUGCUUCUUGUGGGAGCAAUCUCGUGAGAAAAGGCAGUGGCUGAGUGCCAGAGCAUCUGCUUUCCAUGCAGAUGGCCCCACAUUCAGUCCACAGUGGCUUGAGGCAGAGCUAGGAAUGCCCCCUGCCUGAAACCCUGGAGAACCUCUGCCAGUCAGUGGUAGACUGUUCUGAACUAGAUGGAUGACCUAGGGUUUGACCCCGUGUAUGUCAGAAUGAGGUUUCCAGGGGCCAAGAGUGUCUUCUGUUGGCACUUUUGCCUUAGCUAGCAGAAGGAAAAUACAUUUCUCAUUUGCACAAUUCAUACUAGUAGCCUAAUCUGGAUGGUGGGUUUUUUCGUGUUUGUGUGUUCAUGGAUCUUUGGUUAACUUGUGUUAAUCAGUGGCUUUCCAUUCACAGCCUCUCUCUUGGAAAUGUGUUAAUAUCACCCAUUAUUUACCCUAAUCUGUAAUGUUCUUCAGAAUUAGGACAAGUAUUUUCAAGCUGCCGUUAAGAAGUGGCCCAGUCCAGCUGUGUUAGGUGCCAAGUUGGUUAAAGAGUAUGUAAUACAGAGACCCCUGUAGUGUGUGGGAUUCUGAAAUUUGUGGCUUUACAGUUUCAUGACUGAUGUAUAGGUGUGCAAAGAAUGUGUUUUUUCAGCUGUUGAGUCUUGGUCCUCACUCAUGCUUCAGGUGAAUCGUUUCCUUUUAAGCAAAUGUCUGCUUGCAUUUUUUAUUUGCUUAUACAUUUAUUUUCCUUAAAAAUGGGGGCAGGGGAGGGGGCUGCUCCAGGAAUUGGUAAUGAAGUUGCUGUCCACAGCCAGCUUUUGCUUCAUCCUUGGAAAACUAGCCCCAGCUCAGCCCCAGGGAGGAAAAGCUGCAAUCAAUAUUGAAUGCAAGGGCUAUAUUGAAUUCUGUGGGUUAAACCACAGAGCCUAGGGCUUGCCGAUCAGAAGGUCAGCGGUUCGAAUCCCCUCGAUGGGGUGAGCUCCCGUUGCUCGGUCCCUGCUCCUGCCAACCUAGCAGUUCGAAAGCACGUCAACGUGCAAGUAGAUAAAUAGGUACCGCUCCAGCGGGAAGGUAAAUGGCAUUUCCGUGCACUGCUCUGGUUCGCCAGAAGCGGCUUAGUCAUGCUGGCCACAUGACCCGGAAGCUGUAUGCCGGCUCCCUCGGCCAAUAAAGCGACAUGAGUGCCGCAACCCCAGAGUCGGUCAUGGCUGGACCUGAUGGUCAGGGGUCACUUUACCUUUAUAUUGAAUGCAGUGAAGGCUGUUGCCUCUGGGAAGCCUACAGGCAGAGCGCAGGUGCACCAGAUGGCCCUGCUGUGAAAACAGUUUGCUGGACUGCAAUUUACCUUUGGUGUGAACCCACAGGGCUGCUCCUACCUGUUAUGCUGUCUUCCUGAAGGCCCCCACAGCUCUGAAAACAUUGUCUCUCUGUAUUUGCUCUCCAAAUAUGAUUUUUGGCACUUUUUUGCUGUGGUCAAGGCUUGCAUUUGGCACAGAAGAUGCUAUUCACAGUAAUGUCUGAUUACAUGUUUGUUUGUCUGCAAAAUCAUAUUUUUCCCCACCCACUGGCGCGUCACACAGUCUCCACCCUGCAGCUUUGCAUGCGGAAGAUCAAUUGUUGUGAUUGUUUUUUUAAGUGACGUUUCUAAUCUUCAUGAUCAUAAAGGGUGUGAAAUACUGUUCAUCGUGUCAAGUUCCUGUCUGAAAUAUUCCAAAGGCUAAAAAAUAAAUAAAAAUCACAGGAUCAGGGAUGAGUACAGGUAGCGAGAUGAUUCUAUGCCUCAAAGAGCUUCGUUUUGAUCUGCUUGUCUUUGCUUCUUCUUUUUUAGAUGCACCAGUAUUCAUGUCCCACCCACACUUCCUGAAUGCUGACCCAGAACUGUUAGAGACAGUGGAUGGCUUGCAUCCCAACGAAGAGAAGCACGGGCUUUUUGUGGAUCUGCACUCAGUGAGUGAACCAUUCAUCCACUAACUCUGGUGCUUUCUUGCGUGUUUAGUGGGUGUCACUGUGGUGAUGGAGCCGGGGGGGGUGGGCUUUUUAGGUUAGAGAACAGGCAAGUCAGAGGAGGCGUGAUAGAGGUGUAUAAAAUGAUGUACGAUGUGGAGAAGGUGGACAGAGGGAAGUUUUUCUCCCUCUCUCAUUUUACUGGAACUAGAUUGGGCUUGUGAAAUGACACUUGCAAACCCUGCUGUAUUUAAUGUUAUCAGGCUCUUAGAUGUAAGCCUUCUGGUUGCCUCUUGAUUACAGUAAUAUUUUAUCAGCACAAUGAGGACCCUUAUCUGUGACCCACAAAUAUGGCCUGUUGAAUGGAAGAGUAGAUUGCAUCACUUUAGAUUAUGGGGAGGCGAGGAGGGAUGCCAUGCUUUUAAUGCAGCAUCCUGUUAAACAUAAUGGUCUGUAAGUAGAAAAUUAGCAGCGUUGGUGGGGGUGAGGAAUUCUUGCCUGACUUGCUUCCUGCUGUUCUAGAGUUCUACAUGCAGGAGGGAGCGCGGUGUUCACGUUUUCAAAUGUCCCCAUAUGCAGUGAUACAGUCCAUUUACCAUCACAUUGGGUGGACCAGGGUUAUUUUUAUGAUGAUGACUGCUUCCACUACCACCCACCCUUCACCAGCAGGCAGGUUACAACAAUUACAAAUGGAAAAGUUAAAACAAAUAUGCUGUUCCAAUAGUCAUGAACGUAACUUCUGUAUUUUCUGUUCUUUUGAAAUUGAACUAGGAAGUUACUCUUGGUACAAACCCAACAGCCUUCCCUUGAUCUGUAGAAGGCAGUUUUACAAUCUCGCCUGCUUGCACCUAUAUCUAAUCUGCUCUCCAUGUCUAUCAUCUGUUUGUGGCAUAUGGCUUGCCAUGGAUUCCAUAGUACAAGGAUAUUCUUUAUUAUUGCGCUGAUUAAGGUAGCUUUAAAAUCAUAAAUCAAUUAGUGCAGUGAUUUGUCUCAAAUGGUGGGGGCCGGCUCCGUCUCCUUGUGGGAGUGUGGGCAGGACACCUGAAGGUGAGGCAUGUGGAGAUAUGGGGUGGCGGAAGAAAGAUCUGUGGCAGACAGAGCAAGAAUUGCUUUCUUCCUCUUGGCAGAGGUUUGAACAUUGCAGUCAUCCAACCUGUAGCUUUCUUGGCAUGUCCAGUUAAAACAAGUAUGGGGAACCUUUGGUCCUUCAGAUGUUGCUCAACUACAACUCCCAUCACCCCUAGACAUUGGCCAUGCUUCCUAGGACUGAUUGGAGUUUAGUAAGACUUUGACAGCCAAAGGUUCCCUACUCUUGAGUUAAAGGGACAUCAGGUAGUGUCAGGGACUGGCUGGACACUGAUGAGUGGAGGCUGGAUAAGGAGUAGAAAGGGGGUUGGAGACUGACUUGGAAGAAGGGAUCAGUGAUCUGGGGGAGCUUGUAACAGCCAGGAGAAGAGAAUCAAAGACAGGAGACGCCUCAUUGGAAUAGCUGAGAGACGAAGGAUUGAGGGACAUACCUUGUCCUAACGUGUAAGUGUGCUUUUGAGAACAAAGAGUUAAUUCCUUCCUCUGGACCUUCCUUGGCUGACAGCACUAUGGCAGGUAGUCCAUCAAACUCAGGAUUGCCUAUGAUGGGCAGCAGCUUUCAAAGGCACAUGGAUGGAGCACUUACGGCUUCCAGAUGUUGUUGUACUCCACCUCUCAUCAGCCUCAGCCAGCAAUGCCAGAGGCCAGGGAUGAGGGGAGUUGUAGUUCAGCAGCACCUGGAGAGUGGCAGGUUCCUGACACCUGGUGUACAUACUGCAUGCAAAAUGUGUAUUUUGUUGUUAGACUCCAUCUCCCAUCAGUCCAAAGCAUUAUGGCCAACCAGCAGGAAUUGUGGGAGUUGUAGCUGGAGUGUUGCUACACCUGGAGGAACACAGCUUCCCCUUCCCGGGACUAAUGGUGUGACUCAGCUUUGUCAAUGUUACUUGGCAACCAAGGUGAUAGCAUUUUUAAUUUCACCCAGUGUAGCAAUACCAUGGUUAGGAGAGAACUGGAACAGUAAAUGUGUAGAUGAGAGAUUACAGUUAAAAACAAACCAAUAGAAAACCUCCUAAACAUCUUCCUAAGUGGGGAAACAAUUGCAACACAAAAUCAGUUAUGUGCAACACAAUUUUAAAAACAGAGAGAGAAAGACGACAAUAGUUUUAUUUAGUUUUAUGAAACUAGCUUAAGUUAUUUAUUUAAAUCAUUUUUAUGUUUUAUUUUUAUUAGUAACAGAACAAUCGCAACACACACAGCUACAUGUUGUACACAAAAUAAUUACAUCAGCCACCUCUCACUUCAAAAGAAACUAAAAUGGCCUGAACACACAAAUUCAAGCAGAAGCAAAAAAACAAAAACAACCCCCCCCCAACCAGCUUUCCUUUUGCCCAGCAGGUCCCACGAGGUCCAAGAGUCUCUCCCAAAGGAUCUGAGGAUUAGGAGGUCUGGGCUCCUUUGGAUUGCUUCACAUUUCCAAAAAACCAACAACCCCAACCUCUAAGAAGUAUAUAAUCUAGCUCAAAAUAUCAAUUAGAACAUCACCUUAGUUGGUUAGAACAUGUUGUUGAUAAUUCCAAUGUUGCAGGUUCAAUCCCCGUCUGGGACAGCUGCAUAUUCCUGUAUUGCAGGGGCUUGGACUAGAUGAUCCUUGGGUUUUCUUCUACCUCUACAAUUCUGUGAAACAGUAAAGACCCACAUUUAAAGCAACAUAAUUAAUAGAAGAACAAAAGAGUAUUUUAAACCUAAAAAAGAAAAAGAGAUUACCAGUUUUAAAAAAUACAAUAUAAAAAUUCCACAUAAAAAGAAAGUAACACAAAGAAAUGACAACGUUACUGGUGGUUACAGCGUUGAACCCAUGACCUGCAGGACCAGGGUUCAAAUCCCCACUCAGCCCUGAAGAUCGCUGGAUGGCCCUGGGCCUCUCAAUAUCACUCAGCCUAGCCUACCUCACAGGGUUGUUGAGGACAAAAUGGGGAGGGUAAGAAUUGUGUUUGCCCCCGAGCUCUCUAGAGGCAAGGGGGAGUAUAAACAUCGCAAUAAAUAAAUGAAAGUGCAAUAUACCCGCACUCAUAAUUUGAUAUUGCAUUAGACCAUCUCAGGCAUGUUGGAUCUUGAGAAGAAUGGUGCUUUAUUCAGCAAACAUUGUCUCCGAUUUUACAUACUAGAUGUUUACUUUCCUUCUUUUACUCUAAGCCCCAUCUGCACUAUACAUUUUAAUGUAGUCUCAUACUGCUUUAAACAGUCAUGGUUGUCCCCGCAACACAGAAUCCUGGAAACUGUAGUUUAUAGAGGGUACCGAGAGCUGUUAGGAGGCCCCUAUUCCCCGCACAGAGAGACAAUUCUCAGAGUAAUUGAACAAUCAAUCCCUCUUCCUAGUGAACUUGUUUGGGAGAAGCCAUGGCUGUUUAAAGUGGUAUGAUACUGCUUUAAAUGUAUAGUUUUGUCAUAACUGCAUAUUCAGAGAGCUAUAGCAGGUCUCCGGUGGAACUACAUUAAGCCUAAUCUUUGAGCUUUUACACUGGACUAAUAUAAUAAUAUAAUAAUAUAGAUUAAAGGAAAGAUUAUUUUUAACAUGCUUCUGAUAAGUUGUUUGAUUUAAAAAAACACACUAAAGUACCUUAUUUAUUACACUUUGCAUCCCAAGGCGCUUGAGAUAGCAUUUUUGUCUCGUAACAAUUGUUACCUCAUAGUUGCAGAAAAGCAGGUAUUUUGUAUGGUUAAGUGUUUGACUAGGACCUGGAAGAGCCAGGUUCAAAUCCUGUUACACAAAGCUCACUGAGUAACUGACCAAAGACCACCAACUCUCAGCCUGACCUACUUCACAGGGUGGUUGUGAGGACAAAAUGAAGGAAUUGGGGGUGGCCAUGGACUUUUCCUUCAGUUCCUUGGAGGAAAGGCAGGAUAUAAUGUAGUUUGGAAAGCUUCACAGUACAAAUACAUUAUUACAGCAAUAUGCCUCAUCACAGUAAAACAUUGCAAGUGGGCUUAAGCCAAGUGAGGCCGUGAGCCAUCUUUUGCAAUACAGUAUUGUCUCAUUGGGCAGUGAGUGGUUCUCCAUGGCCUCAAGCCAGGGCUAUUUCCCAUCCCCUCUACCUGGAGGGGGCUAAGCUGUGGCCUUCCGGAUACUGUUGGGAUUCCAACUUUCACUAGCCCUGGGACAGCCCACCUGUGAGGCACCCUGCUUGUUCCCGAGGCAGAUCUUCACUCACCCCUUCUUCCCUGGCGGGGAAGGGGACGCCAUUUUGUAGUUCACCUCAGGUUCCAAAAUGCCAUGGACCGGCCCUGCACCAGCCCCAAUGCACAUGGCCAAUGGCAAGGGCUAUUUCCUGGGCCUUCUGCACUCCAAGCAUGUUCUCUAAAAUGGCAGGUUUGUGUUCUUUGUCAGGUUAGAAAGACCAGGGGUGGUGACAGUCAAGUAAGUUGUAUUUUUAUGUGUAUUUCAAACAAAUACAUAAUUUUGUAUGUCCCUUUAUAUUAUUUUGUUCUACCCCAAAGGGAUUUCCCUAAAGGGAUACAAUUGUAAAAAACAGCUAACUUAGAACAAGGAUAUAACAUUAACUAUACAACAGCAGAAAAGCAGCCAGGGCCAGCCCUGGCAUUAGACAGAGGGAAGCAGUUGCCUCAAGCAGCUGGUUUUCGAAUUCCAGAGGGGCAGUAAAUUACGUAUAAGUUAAUGGACUGCUGUAUUCUACUGCCAAGGACAGGCACUUCACAGGAUUGUCUGCUUCAGAUCCCAAAAUAAUUAGGCAGGCCUGCAGAGGGACAUCCCUUUUGCUAUUCCACCUCAGGCAGCAUGAUAUAUUGGGCCCUAAAUGAGGAUAUUUCAAGCUGGACAAGUUGACAGCUCUUUAUUUGAAGGAAUAUUGAAAGCUGGACAAGGAAAAACUUUUCCACCUGGCGCAUCACACAGACUUAAUAAUGGCCACAGACUUGGACAACUUUAGAAGGGGGUUGGACAAACUCCUGGAAGAUAAGGCUUUCAGGGGAUUCUAGCUACAGUGACCGUACACUAGUGUCUGUGGUGGUAUUCUUCUGGAUACCAGUUGAGACAAAUGUGGAAGGCAGAUAAUAAGCAACAAAGAAAAGUAGUAGUUGCUGGGGAGCGCAAGUGAGGAGAGUGCUGUUGCACUCUUGGCCUGCUUUGGGGCUUCACUCAGUUGGGAGAGCAUGAGGCUCUUAACUUCAGGGUUGUGGGUUUGAGCCCCACGUUGGGCAAAAGAUUCCUGCAUUGGAGGGGGUUGGACUAGAUGACCCUCAUGGUCCCUCCGAACUCUGCAGUUCUAUGAUUCUAUGAAUUGUCGGUGCCUGGCAUCUGGUUGGCUGCUGUGAGAACCGAAUGCUGGAAGGGGAGCAGGGGACUUUGGUCUGAUUCAGCAUGGCCAAUCGUGUCCUUUGGUUAUCUUGUGUCAAGAUAACAAAAAACCCCUCUGGUGAAUGACCUGUGUUUUCUUUGCCCCUUACAAGUUGUGACAAUUUGCUAUGCAGUAGGCAAAAACCAAAUGGCUCCAGCCAAUCAGCCAAAUGGACAAAAUUCCUACCGGGCCCCUGCCCCAAAAGCAGAUAAUCCCUUGACAGGCAAUAGCUAGGUCAAGCGAACGACCUGAAAAUAGGGAGGGAGGGUGAUCCGAUGCGCGCAGUGAAAAGAGGAAGCUCAGCGCUGCGCGCAGGGCAUUUAAAAGCUAUGGCUGUCAAUCUCAAUAUGGCAACAUAUAAAUCUCCCCAGCAACAGAUAGAACCCAAUUGUAAUGGUGGCCAACAUUCUUUUCCUGCCCAGCAACAGUGGGGUGUCUUGUUAGCCCUCACCGCAACACAUGCUCUCCAUGAAGGAGAACACGCUUUAUCAAACUGCCUUUAUAAAAAUUGAUUGUGAAACCACACCUGGAACACUGUGUACCGUUCUGGUUGCCCCACCUCAAAAGGAAAAUGGCCCAAGGCAUGUUGGCCAAGGUAUGCUAAGUGCGCUGCAAUAUUUCAGUUAAAUAAAAGCCCUGAUUGAGUCAGAGGGGUUGCCUUUGGGAGAGGCUUCUUGUCAUAUAUGAGUCACUGAUCACUCUUCUCUUUAAGAAGGCAGAUCUGCAAAGCAGCUCAGGUAGAAAUGCCAGCACUAGCUUCCUCCUGACAGCAGGUAAUUCUUAUACCUGGACAGAAGUGGGAGUGUGAAGAGUUAUGGGAGUCCAUCAAGGAUCAACGAGUAGAUGUCUAGAUGGUUUUUGCAGUAGGCUGGCAAAGGUUUCAGACUUGCUCUUAGCUCUAACAGAUCCACCAAGUGGUCUGUCCCUAUUUUCCAGGGAUAGUCCCGGAUUUGCAGAAGCCUUCCCGGUUUCUGAUUUGAUCCUGGAAUGUCUGGUUUUUGCUUAGGACAUCUACAUCUAUUUUCAUUGGAGAAAUAUAGGAGGGUAUGCAUAGCUCACCUUGUACUAAUUUCUUCUCUCUCUUCCUCAUUGUUCCAUACCUGUAGAAUAGAAAUAUUAAUAGGUUGUCUUUGAUCAGUUCUUUAUGACAGUUUUUGUAUUUACAUCCUUAAUCUGUACUUAAUCAGAAUUAGCUAUGGGCUUUGUUAUGCAGGUCAUUUCAGUGGCCUGGUUAGGACACUGAACUGAGCCAUGGUUUGUUUUACACCAUGGCUUAAUUGUGAAUGUGCCUCCUCACCACCCCCAUGGGUAGCACAAACAAGCGUUUGUGUAGCUUAUGUGUGGUUUGUUGUGCAAACCUGAGUAGUAUGAAACAACACAUGAACACUAAGCCUGAAAAAAGCCGAGCUUAGGUCUUAGCUCAUCAGUUGCGGCCUGUCUGAAACAAACCAUGAUUUGGGGUUACUUGACAAACCAGGUUAUAUACGUGGUACCUGAGAAGGGGUGGAAGAUGGAGAGGGGAAGAAGCAUGUUCACAGUGAAGUCAUGGUUUGGCUUACCAUGUCACAUGAACAAGGCUGCUGUGUGACUCCUGGGGUCCAUCUGGCAACUGACUCUACCCCUUCUGCCAUCUUUCUGGCUUGUCCUCCAGGCUGCCAUUUUGCACCUGGCAAGUUGGUGGACCUUGGGGUUCUAGCUGAGAAAAACACCAUGCAAAUCCCAGAAGCCUUUGGGAAAUUUGCUCACCCAUGGAGGUAAUGAGGUGCAUCCAACUGAGUUUUCUUUGGAGUAGACCCAUUGCAAUUAACAAACUGGUUAGUCAUGGUCCUUAGUUUCAGUGGGGCUCCUCAGAGUGGGACUAACAUUUUGCACAACCCACUGGCUUCAUUGCAAACCCUCUAGCUUUUGCAAGCCACAGUCAUGGUGAUGGGCCACAGGUGAGUGUCAUUGUAACAUCAGGAGCACCUCCCUUGACAUGCUGGAUUUUCUUAUCUUUAUGAGUGCUGGAAUCUAAGGCAUAUAUAAAAAAGGUAAAGGUACCCCUGACCAUUAGGUCCAGUUGCGGACAACUCUGAGGUUGCACGCUCAUCUCGCUCUAUAGUCCGAGGGAUUCGAACUGCCGACCUUCUGAUUGGCAAGCCCUAGGCUCUGUGGUUUAGACCACAGCACAACCCGCGUCCCUAAGACAUAUGUACUCUCUGUCAUAUUGAAAUAAAAGGGAUUGUGCUUCUCCCUGCCACACACCCUGGUUGUGUCAACCAUAAAACCAAGCACCACAGCAAUAAAUACUUUAUCGAAGUAACUGUAAUUAAGGAGAUAAGAUAUUUAGUGGCUGGUGCUAGGAGGUAUAUUGCUUCAACAAGAUAACUACUAGGCAUAAAAUGAUUUUUUGGGGGGGUGGGUUUGAAUUGUGUCUUGACUACUCUGGGUCAAUGAACCUGGCCAGUCCUGCGGCAGAGGUUUUCCUCUGGCUGUCCCCACUGUCAGAGGUGACACGUCUGGCAGCCAGGGAGGGGCGUUUUCAGUGUUGGCUCCUCAUUUCUGGCCCAUUCUCCCCAAACAAGCGAGGGAUAUACCUGGAGCCACUGUGAUGUAGCUGCUCCUAACUCCCAUCAGCAAGCAUGACCAAUGGACAGGUACAAUGUGAGGAAUCGUUCACAACAUCUGGAAGGCACCACAUUGGCAGUGGAGGCUGGUCUAUCAGGGCAAAUGGGGCACUGCCCCACAAACUGGCCCCCACCUGCCUGCCACCCAGUGCAGAGGGAGGCACUGCCUAUUAGCUUCCUCCUGCUUAGUCCAAGUGUUGCGCUUGUACUCAGCAGGGAGGAAGAUUAGGACAAAAGUAGAAUAGCAGGCUUCGCCUAUCAUUAGCUUUGGCGCCACCUAAUGUUGGGCUCCCUGCCUCUCACCCUACCGGUCCCCAUGGGCACCGGCUACCGCUGCACAUUUACUGCCUGUGGGGUAGAGGAAUGUGACCAAAGAUGGCAAGGUCAAAUUCCUUCUCAGCUAUGAAGUUCAGUAAGUGAUGUUGGACCAGUCAGUAUCUCUCUGCCUGACUGACUUCAUAGAUUUUCUUGCUUUUACAAGUGCUAGAAUCUAGGGUAUAUGUGCUUUCUGCCAUGCUGAAAUAAAAUGUGUUGUGUUUCUCCCCCACUUCACUCCAUGCCAGUUGUGCCAGCCAUAAAACCAAGAGCCCUGGAAAUAAAGACUUUAUCAAACUUUUGAUGGUUGCUUUUUAUUUUGCUAUACUGUGACUUCUUUUAAAAAGUGACUUAGUGUUUUGCUGCUGCUAUCUCAUUUCAUUGCAGUGUAAAAGUACUUAAAUUGGGGAAAAGUUUUUAAAAGAUAAAAUCCAUCUCUUUCCUCCUAAUGCAGUUGACUGGCAUUCCUAUGAACUGCUCCAUCAAGUUGCAGCUGAAUCUUUUCAUGAAGAGAGUCCCUGGCAUCUGGUAGGUAGCAAAGUUCUCCAGGUGCCACGAGCCUGCGUGUUCUCCACCCUGUGACCCUCUGCUCUCUCCAUCUUGGCUGUUCUUCUCAUCCAGAUCUACCCCUUCCUCAGGCAGCUUCGGCCAGAUCAGGUUGCUGGGGGUUGAUAUACUGUACACCUUAGCGCAAGGAUGGAUAACACUUAUCAGCCUGAGGGCCACAUUCCAAUCUGUGCAGCCUUCCGGGGCCACAUGUCAGUGUUGAGCAGAGGCAGAAAUGGACAGAGCAGUGAGUGUAAAUUUUAUCUGUGUACACUAGGCUAGUUUUUACACACCCACGCACACCCACCCCUGUAUCCUCCAUCCAGACAAGCAAGAGGCAUUAUCAGAAUUCAGGGACCAUCUUCCAGCCACGCAAAAACAGUUGAGGGGAAAAGCAGAGCAGUUCCCGUGGGUGUUUCUGGAGUGAGAGGGCGGGAAAACUUCUCAAGCCACGCAGGGCCAUAUCUGGCUCCCUGGUCUGAGCUUCCCCACCAAUGGGCUUUACAAAAAAUCAAAGGUUUUGAUGAGCGCAUGUGUGCGUGCAUGCGCACACCUCCCCUGUCUACUCAUGCAAGCAAGAAGCAUUAAUCACAGUUCAAGGCCAUGCUCCAUCCAGGUAACAGAAUUCAAGGAGGGAUGAAUGCCUGGAGGAGCAUUUUCCUUAAAACUACUAUCUAUAAGAUCAACUAUAGCUUGCCUAUACAGCAAAGGGAUGGGGCUAGGGAAAGCGCCAAGGACCCAAUGCAGAGGCUUGGAGGGAAGCAUUUGGCCCCUGGACCUGAGACCCCCCACCUCUGCCUUUGCAUGUAACAUUCAGCUGGGCCCUAAAUCCAGAAAGGAUUGUUGAACCAGCGGUCACACCAUCAAAAGGUCUUGCAAUUCUCAUUGUUGUCCCCUAAUCUUUCAGGCAAACAGGGUCAAUCAAGACAGUCGUGUUACCUCUCAUUUGGUUCUCAGAGGUGAGUUGUGAGAAGCUUGCAGUGGGCUGAAUCAGGCCAAACACCGUUGCUUCCUCUUUUAUUUAUUUAUUUUUUUAAAGUGGGGGUGUUUAAACGUUUGUCGGUCUUGCGUAAGCCAAUUUUGUAAUUGCUUAUUCAACACUUGGCUUCAAGUUUUAAAUCUUUUCGCCAUGAAUCACGCCUCUGUCCAGAAUAAUCUCUUCUAGAAAAAGCUCCCCCACCCCACCCCUUUGUGAGAAUGCAACUAUUUUUGCCACUUUUGAUACCGUCUGGAUUAGGCUCUGCAAAAUGAACCAAAAGAGGCUGAUGUGCAUGUAACAUUGGCUCCCCUGCCAAUCUGGGGCCACCCUUGGAAAUGCUGCCUAGACCAUGGAGCCCAGGGGGACCUCUUCCAAUCCCCAGGCCGCCUUUCCUCUUGUGCCACCUUCCAGGGGCUGCCUGCUGGGGGUGAGCAGGGCCAGACCCCUGUGUGCAUCCUCUGAAGAGGGUGGCAACACAAGAACAGGCUUUUUCAAUGAUGGCUCCCCCUUUACAUAAUGCUCUCCACAGGAAAGCAGGCCUGGUGCCAUCCAUGUCAGCUUUUAAGCAGCCCUGAGUAGCAUUAGCUUUUUUUGCUGCUGUAUCACACGGUUGACUCAUGUUAAACUUACAAUCUAACUCCCUAGAUACUUUUCACAUGUACUGCUGGCAAUUCAGGUGUCCCCGGUGUUAUAUUAGGGGAGGGCUUGUACCUCUGGUGGGAGACGCAUUCUGCGCCCUCUGGGGUAGCUUGUCUACCUUUGGUUGCCACCUUGCACUCAGCUCAUCACCUGUGGCUCCUCUAGAAGGUGUCAGCCAGUGACAGCAGUCCCAUUCCGGGAAUGGCUUUGCCAGGCCAACUAUACCAGGUGAGGAUGGACGAUGGGUCUCAAACCCUCAGUGAGUUAAGGACUUCGCCUGCAUGCGAAAAGAGGCUCCAGCAGAUUGAGCAGACAGGACCAAUAGUGGAUCCAAAGAUCAAGAAGGCGGUUUCUGCUGUAGAGGGAACUGAGGGGGCAGGUGGGGCUCUUCAACCCCAUCUAGGAGAAGAAAAACUCUGGUGCUAAACCUCCGCUGCCUUGCGGGGUAUCUUUGGGAGAAGAAAAGGCUAAGGAGUAAACCCUACAAAAUCUGGGGUGGAGCCCAGGAACUCCAUACGCAGGCUUGCGCUUCACCCCCAGAGGCACACUCCAUUGUCUCUCAGGACAGACGGAUGCCAGCAAAAGUAGUUAUUCUCAACUCAAAUGAAGAACCUGACAUUUGUCCCUAUUGAAAUUCAUUUUGUUAGUUUUGGCUCAGUUUUCCAAUCUGAUAUAGUAAAAAUUAAUCAACAAAAGCUAUUUUGUGAGUUGGUGAAAGAACUGGAAUUCUGGAAUUCCUAAUCUAUCUCUUGGUGUGGGAAAAUACCCUACCCCAAAUUGUAAUUAUACUGCUAAGCAUUCCAUUAGUUGUCCCAUCUGAAAUACUGUCAAAAUACUACUACUACUACUACUAAUUUAUACCCAGCCACUCUGGGCGGUUUCCAACAAAAUAUUAAAAUACAGUGGUCUGUUAAACGUUAAAAGCUUCCCUAAACAGGGCUGCCUUCAGAUGCUUUCUAAAAGUCUGGUAGUUGUUCUUCUCUUUGAGAAGGCGUUCCACAGGGCUGGUGCCACUACCAAGAAGGCCCUCUUCCUGGUUCCCUGUAACUUGGCUUCUCACAGUGAGGGAACCGCCAGAAGGCCCUCGGUGCUGGACCUCAGCGUCGGGGCAGAACGAUGGGGGUGGAGACGCUCCUUCAGAUAUACUGGACCGAGGCCAUUUAAGGCUUUCAAGGUCAGCACCAACACUUUGAAUUGUGCUCGGAAACGUACUGGGAACCAAUGUAGAUCUUUCAAGACCGGUGUUGUGUGGUCUCGGCGGCUGCUCCCGGUCACCAGUCUAGCUGCCACAUUCUGGAUUAGUUGUAGUUUCUGGGUCACCUUCAAAGGCAACCCCACAUAGAGCACAUUGCAGUAGUCCAAGCGAAAGAUAACUAGAGCAUGCACCACUCUGGUGAGACAGUCUGCGGACAGAUGGGGUCUCCGCCUGAGACAGAGAUGCUGCAGUAUUUUAUAUGGAAUGAAAAAAAUCACCUAGGGUAGUGGCCAAAACUCUGUAUUUUUAAAAAAACCAAGCAGUGGUGGUAUGACAGUACCUAGCAGAAAGGGUACACAACAAAACUGACUAAGUUAAAAUAAUGUUUUAAAGAAGAUCCACUGUUGGAGGUGGAAGAAUUGAUAAUAAAGAGAUAUGCUUAAAUAUAUGCUGUGUUUUAAAGCAAAGAAUUGGGAAUCUGAAUUCUUCUCUCAGUAUUAGCUACUAUAAGAACCUCUUCCAAUAUUUUCAAAUUAGAGGUGCGACCUCUCUGAUAUGGGGAAGUCAGGAAAGAGGGAAAUUGGAAAUUCUAUUUAUCUCUCAUUUGGAUAAAAGCAUAAUUCUGUAAACUUCUGCAAGAUUCUGUAAACUUUGGUUGAACUUGGAUCAGAACCAGGAUACAUAUGUUAGAAAAUGGGUGUGAGGUUUGGAUCAAAGAAUAACCAGGCAACAAUGGAACUUUAUUUGGGACAAUUUCCAUUCUAAUAUAAUUCCAGCAAACCUAAAGGAGAACUAUUUUUAAACCCUCUGUCAAUGGUAUGUAAUGCCUUUUAAAUUGAAUUUAAUAUAUAAAUUAGGAUUGGAUAAAUGUUGGGAUAUGUGGAUCAAAUAAAGCAUAUACAUAUAUAUCUUUUGGAAUUCUUCUCAAAUAGAAGUAUUCUAGAAAUUUGUUCAGGCAAAUAUCUCUGAUAUGUUAGGAAAUCAUAUAUGCUUGGAACCUAAAAUAUUUCUGCUUAGUUAUCUAAAAGAUGCCAUUCUGGAAAAUGAUCAAUAACUAGUGCUCAACCUUAUAACUGCUGUUGUUUAUAAUAUCUAAAAACUGGGGGCAGAGGGAGUAUAUAUCUUACUGUAUAUGAAUAGACUGAAAAAAAUUGGUCCAUAGUAACUGUGAUUAAGCUAACAUUACAAAAUAACACAUAUAAACCAGCCAAACAAGUUCAUGGGGAAAUGAGUAUUUUUUGUAAUGUAUUGGAGCCGCAAGUCCAACCUUAUGCUGCUUACGCCCUUCUGUAUCAGUAUUUUUUUAUGUUCUUUAUCUUUGGUUUAUUAGGUUUAUUCAUAACUUUAUUUAUUUUAAAAUAUGGACACCCAUUUCUUCAUUUUGCGCAGAGUGGAGAGAUUGAAGGUGAUGUAUUCACAAUGUACCGUACUUUUAUGGUGACUAUCCCUACGGUUCUGAACUAUGCUCAGUAUAUCCUGGUCGCCCUGGGAAGUUUACUGCUUGUGACUGCAACUCUUCUUGGGCUCAGGAGCAAGGUAGGAAUAAAACGACAUCAUUAUUAUCGAUUGAAUUAUGUAAAUUAUUAUUUCACUUUUCCAUGUAAAUAUGCAUGAAGCUGUUUAUGACAAAAAUCCAAAUUGGUGCAUAAUUACAAUAUCAAUAAAAUAAUAAAUCAAAUCAAAACUGAACCCCUGAAAUCUUUCCUCUUUAAAUCCCAUGAUUGACUUGCUUUCAAACUGGAAAAUUCAUAUUUGUUUCAGAAUGCAGGUUUUGGCUUUCCUUUUUAUCCUCUCACAUUUUAUAAAGGAAGGCCAAAACUCAGAGCCAGGCUGUACGAUCUGCAACAGCUCUAUGGCGUGACUCUUGAUGGAUUUGCACCACCAACUGAGGUGGCAAUCUAAGGUGGUGGCAUGCUUUCAUUCCCAUUUCCAAUAUGGGAUGUAGAAUGGCAAGAAGAAGAAAAAGCCAUAUUUACAUGCCCCCCCCCCACAAAAACCUAGUUUUCUACAAGUUGGGAGGUUUCUUGUAUUUAACAUGGUGUGCAUUCAAAGAUGCUAUUUCUGCACCGGCUGCUGAAGGUGGUACAUUCCUUGAACAGCUGUCUGAUGUGAUUCUGUCACUCUUGAAGUUCAGCUGUAUAUACAAAGCUUUGCUUUUAAAAAUUAAGUAGGUCACCUGGCAAAGAAACAGAAAGUACCGGUAGUUGUUGUAGAAGGCUUAGAGGGAGAUGUUUGAAAAUAACUUUAUUCUCUUUCCAACCAGGAAGCAUAGACCCCGGAUACUGCUGAUUCCACCCAAAUACAUACCUUGUGACUAAACUGUAUGAUGACACUAGACAGGCAGUAAUGAGAUCUCAACUUUUUAGAGGCUGGAGAAGGGAGGUAUAGAACCACACAUUUCAGCCCAGAAUUCUGCAGUUGAAAUCUGCAGUAUUUAAAAAAAACAUUAAAUUAAAUUAAAGGAAAUGCCUGAAGUCUUUGUCCUAUCAGUUUUUAAUCCCUAUCUGCAUUGAAGUGAUUUGUCAAAAGGCCUGUUCAUGCCAUGACUUGAAAAGGCAUUUCCAAGGAUCUUUUGACAAGACACUUCACUUCUGGAUUUCUCACAUCAUGCGCAUCCACACUUUUUUAAAGUGCGCGGGAGGGAGCAAAGUUUGAGUGACUUUGUUUAGAAUGGGACUUGGAAUUUUGUGCCGUACCAAAAUAGUUACCAAAUCAGUAGGGUGACGUAGCUAUGAGUUUUUCCACUGGUGCCACUGGCAAUGUUUUAAGCAGGGGCAGAGAACCCAAUGUUUAUAACUCCCAUCACCCCUGGUUAUUGGCAAUGCUUGCUGGGGCUGAAGGGGUUGGACUAGAUGACCCUCAGGACCCCAACUUUACAAUUCUAUUAUUCUGUGACUUCUGGAGAGCCACUGGCUCCCCACCCCUGUUUAAAGGUACUCUGUAAAUCUCCUGGUCAAAAUCUGCCAAGGUUGGUGGUGCUACAUUGUUAGUGUUGAAAGAUGGAUGACCAGUGAUGUGAGUUCUUGCUGUCAAAGGGAUAUAGGUGUGCGCUAGAUGUUCCAUCUGAUGCAUGGGACGAAGUGGACUCUGGGCAACCAUCAGUUUGUUUGGAAGGUGCUCCAAUGAUUUUGGCUGUGAGUUUUGAAGAUAACACAAACAAGUAUGUUAACGGGCUAUUGGAGUAGGACAGCUUUCUCCAACCUGGCGCCCUCCAGAUGCCCCUUAGUUGCCAUCCAAAACAUUCCCACAUUGGGGAAGACCAAGAGAGGGGCUACUAAAUUAGCUGCUUGCGAUGGCGGACUGAGUAAUUUUACAACAAAUGUGAUUCCUAUUAGUAAGCAAGUAUAUUUUCUCGCCCCGUGCUACUAGAAAUUAUUUUCCUGUUUUUGAAAACAGGAAAAACCUGUCCCUUCAAAAGCUUGCAAAUGUUCACAGCCAUGAGAGAAAUCAGUUACCAGUUGAGUUGAGUUCAGCGUUGCUAGGAUUUCCUUUUGGAAUCCUUUUCAUGUGUGGCAUUAAAAAUAAUUGCAAUCUAUAUUUGAGGUGACCAGGGGGUUGGGGAGCUAGUAACAACAACGUAUUUAUACCCCGCCCUCCCCGGCCAGAGCCGGGCUCAGGGCAGCUAACACCAGUAAAAUUACAGUAAAAACAUAAUGGGGGGGGCAAUUUAAAAUACAGGUUAAAGUGCGAUUUAAAAUGCAUCCUCAUUUUAAAAGUAGCCCAUAGUUAGAAAGGAAGUUGUUCUUGCCCAUCCCCCAUUCUUUUGAAGCUGCCUGAAGGAGCCUCUCCUGUCUGCUCUGUGCUGCUUUGUAUAAUUGACUUACCAUAAGUCUGUUCAGUUGCAAAUCCCUUUGUUGCAAAAUGUUGCAGGAGGCAGGCUUAAGCAACCUGUUCUGACACGACUCUUAAAACCAUUUAAAUUGAUAGCAUUGUAUCUACUAUUCAUUAGGUUUGAUUUGAAGUUGGUCAUGCUCCUCGGAAGUUGAAAAGUGUGUUAGAAUCACAGAAUCGAAAGGGACUCUGAGGGCCAUCUAGUCCACCCCCUGCAACGCAGGAACCUUUUGGCCCAAUGUGGGGCUCAAACCCACGACCCCGAGAUUAAGAGCCUCAUGCUCUACCGACUGAAAUAAACUUCAGAACUGUAUUAAUUUAAUCUUACCCAGUUUUCGCCAGUUUAGGGAAUCGAGGCACUACUCUAGGAUUGAAUGUGAGAAAAAAACAACAACUGAGGAAUGUUAGGAAGUAAUAAAAUAAUAGAUCUUAUUCUAAUUGCCCCUGCUAAAAAAAUUGUGGUUUUUGCUGUCACCUGGUUAUCUUGAUCUGCUGGAAAAAAAGACACAGUGGCAAAGGUUGAGCAAUCUGGUAUGGAUAGUAGUAGGGGGGUAAUAACCUCACUCCUCAAAUCUUUAUAAAGAGUGCAAGCCAGAAGCACAUGAGCUACUGACUCAAUACGGCCAUCUCCACAGGGACAUAAGGGUUUUCCUAGUGGAAUUUUUACAAAUCGACCCUCAAGUACAGCUGAUGACUUUGCGUGUUCCCAUCCAUUCUCCCUCCAUGGCAUGGCCUGUAGGAUCAAAUUUGGCAGACUCUGCCACCACCUGACCAGUGCUGGAAGCCUGGCUUGCUGCAGUACGGAAGGACUACUCGGAGGAAAGGUGCACAGCUCAGUGAUCCAGGUUCAGUCUCCGGUUGAAAGAAUCUUGGCUGCUGUAGUCUUUCCCCUUUGUUGCCUCCAACGUUUGGCAGCCUCUGAAGUCAGAACAGGGAAUAGAUGGGUAGAUACGUUCCUUGUUUAAGAUCAAGAAGUGGUGGUGAGGAUUUCAGCUCAGGAUCAGAGUUGGGAUUUUGAUGUGCUCUUGUUUUUCUUAAGCAGCAGGUCUCUAGGUUGCCUGCCCAAAUACUUUCAGGCAGGAAUGGGGGAAAAAGUCAAAAACAGAAUGAAAAAGGCUGAACUUUGUAGGGGGAGGAAUGAAGAGUUAUUGAAACAAGCAGGGUGCUCAAUUCCUGGGUCAGAGACUAUACUGAGACCAGUCAGAAGCACAUAACUCACUCAUUCCUUGUGGUUUUAUUGUUUGUUUGGAAUGCCUCUGGUCAUGUGCAGUGUGCCUUUGAGUUAAUACACCGGAUGGGGAUCCUGACUGUUUUGCAGGGAGAAGGGUUUCCAGGCAGCGGGGGGGGGGGGGAAUACUUUCUCUCCGCCUGCCCCCAACCCCCACUUCUCUUUUCAUGAAUAAAACACUUAAUUUGGUUCCAAAUAACUACUUGGGGGUGUACAAACUCUGAGUAGGUUCAUGCAAGCAUAGGUCACUUGAUUACUGUGUUUUCGACAAAAGCCAGCUGAAUGUGUAAACUGGCAGUUUUUGAAAAGUGGUGUGUUAAUCAUACGUAUGAUUGGCUUGGGGUCAGAAAUGGCCAGUUUCAGCAAUUCCCAAAUCACAUGCUCUCAUGAAGACACUGGGAUUUCCCCCAUAUUUAUCACCAGCCCUCACUCUUCUGACAAAUUCCUUAUCCAAAAUACCAUAUUUUGUGUUUUUUAUAUUCCAAUUUUAUGUUGUGAACCACCCUGAGAUCUAUGGGUAUACGGGUAUAGAUCUACGGGUAUUUGUAUAGGGUAUACAAGUGCAUCCUCCAGAUGUUGUUGACCCCAAUGCCCAUCAACCCCAGCAAGCACAGUUCUCCUUUCCCCUCCCUGAAAAUUUGGGGAAAUGCUGGCCCAUUAGAUUCACGUCAUCCUUGAUGUGAAGAGAUGAGUGAUGAGUAGACAUAGAAGUUUGGACCAAACUAUAGUUCUUUACAGGGUUGGGAAUCUGUGGCUUGUCAGCAGUUGCAGGACCACAGCUCACAUCUCAUCUGGCCAUUGACCAUGUUGGCCAGGGCUGAAGGGACUUCGUAAGUUCAGCAAUAUUUAGUUGACAUUUAUCUUGCACCUUUCUUCCAACAUGUGAUCAAAGGCAGCAUAAAUGCAAUUUCCAGGUGGCACCCAUCCCAGGCACUGACCAGAUCCAAACCUACCGUAUUUUUCACUCUAUUGGACGCACCGGACCACAGGACGCACCUAGUUUUUAGAGGGGGAAAUCCCCCCCCAGCCCCAAAGAGCAAUGGACAGGCUGCGCGCAGCCUGUCCGCUUCUCCCAGAGCUUAUCGGGGCUGCGGGGGAGGCCCGGGUUCCCCCCCCCAGCCCCAAAGAGCAAAGAAACCAAGACAGCAAGCGGGAUCCAUAGCUGCGCAACCUCUCCAGCCAGGAGCUAAACCUCUCCAGCUCAGCUAAAGAAGAAGACAAGGCAGCGAGCGCGAUCCAUCCCGCUCGCUGCCUUGGCUUCCUCUUUAGCCUUGCGCAACAGGAUGGAUCGCGCCCGCUGUCCACCGGGGCUGGACUAGAUGACUCCUGGGGUUCCCUUCCAACCCUGCAAUUCUAUGACCUCGGAAGGUGUCGGGGGUCUCCACCACUGGAGGCUUUUAAGCAGCGGUUGGGGGACCAUCUGCCUGGCGUUCUUUAGCUGUGAUUCCUACAUUGUGAGGGGGCUGGGCUAGAUGACCCUCGGGUGGCCCCCCAAUUCUAUACAGUCCUACAGUUCUGCGGCAGGAGAUCCACAGCCACUUCACACAAUGCCCACUCCCAAUUUUCAUCGGAGAGACACUGGCUUCAGUGUCUAGGUAGGUACCCCCCUACCUGCCACACUUCCCCCACCCCACUUAAGCUGAGGGAAUUCCUGCCCAGAGAAGCUCCCAGGUGAGGCAAGGGUUAAGAUCUACCUCUGGUGGAUGGUGCUCGCUGCCCUGGCUUCCUCUUUAGCCUUGCGCAGCCUCCCCCCGGCUGGAGAGGUUGCGCAAGGCUUUUCCCCAGGAGGGAGAAGGGACUGACUGGUGGUGUCAGUCCCUUCUCCCUCCAGGGGAAAAGCCCGCAAGAGCCGCGCGAAGCUUGUGUGGGGCUCUUGGGGGCUUUUCCUGCCUGCCUCCCCCCUGCAUUCGCUCCAUAGGACGCACAGACUUUCCCCCUUAGUUUUUAAGACGGAAAAAGUGCGUCCUAUGGUGCGAUAAGUACGGUACUUAGCUUCAGCAAGCUGGUGGCCUCAUGUACCAAGAUCCAUCCUCCAGGACCCAUCUUCUACCCAUAUGAUGUUGCUGUUGUUCACAAAUCAGCCAGUUUCCUUCCUCCUUCCAGUAGUAGUAACAGUUACUGGUUGCUGAUCAAGAAAGUUAUCAAAUGAUCUGCUGUCCUGACUACACUCUAAAUUUAGAGUUUUUCUGUCUUCCUCCCCACCCCACUGCUAUUACAUUUUAAAAAGUUAUACAUUAGCUAAUUUGUGAAUAAUGUGUCCAGUUUGGUCCUGUGCAAAACUGAUUCAAUGGACAAAAUUCCCCUAUGAAGGCAUAGUGCUGGUAGUUUGCUCAUUAAGGGCUGUUAAGUAGCCUUGCAGCUCCAACUAGAGUGCAUUCCUUGAUUUCCUUAGCUGAUCGUUUUAAUAUUCAUUAAACUUUUAAGCAUGAUUUUUUUUUUAUCAGCUGGAGUUCUUCUGAGAUGCUGAGAAGGUUGAAUCUUGAUUCUUUAAAGCCCACUUUGUUUUAAACAAUAAGAAUUCCUUCCAACUCAAUUGCACAGCUAUCUGUGAUUCGUAGCCUGGAUUAUCAAGUAAAAAAUAUGACUAUAGUAUUUAAAUGAAGCUCUAAUCUCACUCAAGCCAGUUGAGAAUGGUGUUCGCGUGAAAUCUUCAUUCUCUCAACAGACAUUGAAAGAUGGGCCCACUGAGAUGCGGACCCAGUCUGCCACAAAAUUUUCUAAUCCUGGAUCCGGCCCUGGCUAUAAGUAUCGGGGCCCACAGGUAAGAGCCCCCUAGAUGGGAAGCCUUAUCCUGAAAAAGCCGGGCAUGCAAACAGAGAACUCUCUCUCUCUCGCUGCUUCUUGCCCCAUUGGGAAAUCUGAGCAAAGUGAAAGUGGCAGAGGGACAAGUAGAGCCAAACACUUUGCCUGGACCCCAAGGCGUGCAAAUGCCUGAGCCAGCCGUGAUGCAUGGCCAAGUUCUGUCUGUCUUUCUCUCUCUCUCGCCGUUGGGCUGGCCGUCUAUAAUAGUGGCCUCCCUUGUAAGCUGGUUGUGUGGACAGACAGAUUGAAAAGCCCCCCAUGAACUAAAAUAACAUACAGGGUGUGUGUGUGGGUGUGUAUAACUCAUAGGGGAAGCUUGCAGACUUAUAACUCUUGCCUUAAAUUUCCAAAGGGAGAAGAUUUGAGUUUUUAAAGCAUUGCUUUAAAAAAACAAGAGAGAACAAGAUGUGAACAAACCAUUUUUGAAUCUGGCUUGAGAACCAACUUUUUUUAAAAAAAAUCCUAAGUAACACUUGACAUCUCUUAAUAAAUCUAAGAUGGAAAUCAUCUUGUAUCUAGAAAACCAAACCUUUUCUACCAAACAUUGAAUAAAUUAGACUCCAUAAAUUAGUUCCAGUGAUUACUUUGAUCUUAUUCUUCAGAUGAAAUUAUUAUUUUUUUAAAAACAAAAUCGUCCCUCACUUAAAUGAUAAUCUUCUCCUUUCUUCAGAUAAAUAACCAAACAGACCUAGUAGUAGAGCAUAAAAACACUGUUUAAACCAGACUGAUUGUUUUCUAGGGAAAGCUCUUUUUAUUUUGGAGUAGUAAUAAGGGGUCAGGACCUAAAGGGACCGACCCCAUCUCCAAAGAAAAAAACAUCAACUCAGCAGCUCGGAAGGAAGCGAAACUAUAGGUGGAUACAUGAAAAUAAAAGGUAAUGUCAACUAUUGUAAAACCAAAGUAUCUUCAUUCUGUUUAAAACCUCCUUGGUUUUAAACGGCUGCUUCAGUGGUUGGGUGCUUUUAAAAUGACGUAGGCGCAACGGUGGGCAUCUUGAGUUCCACCCAGGUAAUCCCUCUUGCUCACAACAGCCUCCUGGCAUCCCCUUCCUCCAGCACCCCAUACCCUGCUAUUGCUCACCUCAUUUUUCUUGAAAAUAAUAAUGAUGAUGAUAAAGCUGGAUCCAAGUUUAUGAAGGCCUGCUUGGGAUUUUGGGAAUUAACUCUUUGCUAUAAUUCCAAUGUAAGAAAUACAUUCCUGAUCAGACAUCCUAGUCCACAUUGUUUUUGAAGGUGUCUUUAGAAACUAUCUACACACAGCUCCUGAUGUUUGGGAGCUUUCUGCCUCCCAACAUGGGUUUUUGUUUUAGUUACCAACAGCCUUGCUAAGAUUUCUUCUCCAGGAAUUUGCCUCAAUGUUGUUGUUUUUUAAUGCCAUCUAAACAAGGUCCAUUAUCUUACAACGGUGAAUCUUAUCAGGUAUGUAUUGUGCUAAGAAGUUGCCUACUCUUGGUCUGUCCGGAAUUACUGCCUUUUGGCUUUAUUUAAAUUCUAGCGUUAUUGGAAAGAUGAAAUAUAAGACAGCGAAACAGAUAAAGCUGUUGGUUUAUUCUGACCAGCUGCUGUAGGUAUGAAGGUAAUGUGAGCUUUAGAUAUUUGUGCAGUUUGCAUAUUCUUACACACAUGGAAAUUAGCCUGAUGGAGGGAUGUAUCAAUUCUGCCUCAUCAAUAUCUUGUUCAAAGGUGCCCUUGUGUGGUAAAGGUUGGUAAUGUGAGGGGAAACUUCAGUCACCUCAGUGUGGUAAAAGGUUGAGGCUGUGUUUGGAUGUAACACUGGACUGUGGUGUAGUGACUGGGGCUCAGGCUUGGCUACUCUUCCCCUUCUUCCUUUUCCAGCAUGGCUAGGUGGAAACUGGAAGCUUUCGCUUCUGUGUUUAGCUGCAGCUUAGCAUUAUGUCCAAACCUGGGCAAGCCAAGGCUAGUCAGCUAUGGCUUACUUCAGCCUUUAUCACCCUGGUGCCCUACAGAACUUUUGGAUGACAACUCCCAUCAUCUCAUACUACUGGCUAUGCUGACUAGGCAUGAUUGGAAUUGUAGUUCAGAACAUCUGAAACAAGCAAAUUUCAAAACUGUAGUCUUUGAAGCUGGCAUGUUGUUUUGUUUUUAAAAAAACAGAAUUAAAAUUAAUCAUAGUGUCUGGACACAACACUAAACUAUGGUUCGUUUAAAAUGGAAGUGAUAGUUGGAAGAAGAUUGGAAGAAACUUAAAAUAUAUUUACAAAAACAUUGCAAAAUCAAUGAAUGUUAGAAGGAUGCUGGAAUGAAGCUAUAUGGUUUUAGCAGAAAUGUAAUAAAGAAUUAAGUAAAAGCUGAUUGAUAAUGGGCUAAAAUGAAAAAAUUUAAGGUUAGACCGUUAAGAUAAAUUAUAGAACAAAAAUUGAGAAAGAUGGAAAGAAUUUGCUGAAAUAGUGAAUUGAACUAGAAUACAAAAAAGGGAGGUGUGAGGAGGUCGAUGAAACAAGUAAAUGAAAGGUAAAGAUAUGGAAUAUUGGAUGUGUUUUAGUGGGGUUUUUUGUUGUUUUUUUUGCUGCAUUGUUGUAUUUUUUUAUGUCUUUCUUUUUAUCUAUUGUAAUGUAUGUUUUGUUAAAUUUCUUAUUAUUUUCCUCUUCUCUUUUUUCUGUAAUCUUUAAUCUUCUAAUAAAUAUCAUUUAAAAAAAAUGGAAGUGACAGCUCAUAGCCACACUGAAGAGAAGCAGAAAGGGCACAAGCCUAAGGUUCUUGCACACAAACACUUAGCCAGCUGUGCUGUUAGUGUUGCAUGUGAAGCAGGCCAGAUUCCUGCUGUGUGGAGGUGUGUUCUGGUAAAAUGUUCACUUUCUGCAAUGGAUGUGGUACAGUGGUACCUCGGUUCUCAAAUGAAAUCUGUUCUGGAAGCCUAUUCGGCUUCCGAAAUGUUCAAAACCCAAGGUGCGGCUUCCCAUUGGUUGUAAUAGCUUCUUGCACUCAGCAGAAGCCGCGUCGCACGUUCGGGUUCCAAAAAAUGUUCGAAAACAGAAGUAUUUACUUCUGGGUUUUCAGCGUUUGGGAGCUGAAAUGUACGGUAACGGAGGCACUUGGGAACCGAGGUUCCACUGUAAGCUGACUCUCCACACCAGGAUUUAUAAGAAGGAUCAGCCCAACUGAAGCAUAUGCAAAGUCUCCUUUCUGAUAGUCCAGGUUCUAACUAGACUUUUCUUGCUUCUUUCAGAGAGAUGCUCGAGCAAAGACUCCACAGAUGCCAAAUCUACCAAACGGCCAAAUUCAGGAUUCGGAAACUACCCCUCUUCUGCAAAAGGACUCAAGCACAGUUCACUCCAGCAUUUUUCCUGAUACCUGAUACCUCUGUUCCUCUUUGCCAAGGAUCCUUAAUGAGCUAUUAGCAAUAUAUGUGGCCUGGGUGUGGGUGGGCCCAGCAGAACAAACUCAGGUGUAUUUGCACUGACUCUGGAAGAGUGAUAGGUGCACGUGGUUCUUCUCUUCUUACACUACAGUAGCUUUCCAGAAAGCUGACCCUUUUGAAAAAGUAAAGGUGGUUAUCUCCAUGCCCUGAGAUUUUAGUGCCUUCACUCCCACAGCACCACCUUCCCAUUACAACCUGCCAAAAGUUUCAUGUAAGAAUUAAAAUUGGGUGGGUUUGGAGAGCAGGGUGGAAUUUGCAUCUGUGGAAGCUACAUAGGCAAGAUGUCAGAGUCUCUCCCUGAUUUUAUCCUGAGCACAACGCCUUGCACUCCACAAGCAAUUAAAUGCUGUUGUCAUUUUUGUAUGUUUAAACCCAGCUGGAAACAUGAUGCAUCCUUCCUUGCUCAUGUGCGCACAAAUGACACUUGGUUUUCAAUGCACAGCAUUACAGGAGAAGCACUCGGUUCUUCUCCACAUCAGGGUUGCUGAGGGUUGUAACAACACGGUGCUAAUUUUGGGGUGACGGAAGGGAAAGUGCCUUUAUCUUGAGAUUAUUCUGGGAACCAGACUGGCACAGUAUCCUUGACUUAGCUCACCACCACCAAAGUGUUUCCAGUUUCAGACUUCUAAGACUUUCCACCUUAUCCCAGCUUUGCUACUGGAAAGGACCUGUUUUUAACAACUGUUGCCAAACACCAUUUCAUUCUAUUUCCCAUGCCAUAGUAUACAGAGAAUAUUCCAGAUGUGUGUCUUUUUUCAAGAGAAAAAUUAAAGUACUCUGAGUCUUUCAU